GCUAAACCGUCGUUCAAGAAACAAACUCCCACAUUAAGAUCGUCGAUCGCCUCUUUGGGCUGCUGCCUCUCUCGUUCGAGCACGGCAGCUUUCGCAGCCGCUAACGAAGUCGUGGAGCACGAGAAAUGGUCGGGAUCAGUCUUGCCUGAGACUUGGAGUGAACUGGAAGUGUUUUCCCUCUAGUUUGUAGUGGAGCGGCCGUUCAGGAAAGCAAGGAAAAAAGGCAAAAAACAGCAGAGUCUUGGGAAGAGCAAGCACACCAAGUUGGCUAGUGUUGAAAGCUCCGUUGAGUGUGUGGCGUGGAAUACGGGGAGCAACAUAAGGCCGAAAGCAAACUACACAAAGUGCAAAGGUGUGCGCGAGAUUUGAUGCUGAAUAGUAGCGCUACGGUCAAGCUGUGUACGGAAGGUUGGGCCCCAACGGAAUCGUGCUGAAAGUGCGCUCGUGCAAGUGAUUUUCAAGCCCCAGCAGUGGUGGUGGCUUUUGUGCGAAGUUUCGAAUAAUCUUUCAAACAGUGUAUUGCAUAUUCGUACGAACGAAAGGAAACGAUUUUCUUCCGAGUUCGUGAAAAGUGGUUACACGAUACGCGCUCAAAACAGCAAGUGCGACAAGUAAGGUGCUCGAGUGUCAAAGUGGUGCCCUCAGUGUGUGAAGCUACAAAGCCAACAGGCAAGCAGAUUGUUCAGCGUUUGCUCGCGAGCUCUUCGGUGCGGCCUUUGGAAAGUUGGAACUGCCGAUCGCUGCCGAGCAAGCAAGGUUCGAACCGAGCCCGAUUUUGCGGAUAGUGUGCCGAUUUGUGGAUACAAUAUCGCCGUUGACUAAGCAACCGCGAUAAAUCGUUUCGUGACCAGGGGGGAGCAACGAAUCAAACGAAUCUUUCCGUUCCCUUCCCGGUUGCCUUCGUUGAUGGCAACGAGCAGCCAUGGUGAAAAAUGAUGCAUACGCUUAGGAAACAUUCAUCAAUAUUGGCAAAAAUGAAAAUAUUUUUGCCACUAGUGGUGUGGAUAAUUCUGCUAUUUCGAACGACAAACGCACAGCUUUCCGCGUCGCGCAAGCACGUGGGAAUAUUUGGUUUGAAGCACGAAGUGUUUUUUCUAAACCUUGAGGAUGGCUAUUUCGGUUGUCAAGUCAAUGAAUCCACAGACUAUCUGCAGCUUUACGAGCUGUCCAAACUUUGUGAUGGUACAUCGGACUGCUACAUGGGCUCCGAUGAACUUAGAAAUAAGUUAAAGUGUACAAAUGAUUGUGAUAAAGAUGGCACAGCUUGCUCGAAUGGUGUGUGCUUAGACGGUCUAUGCCACUGCAAUGAUGGUUUUGGCGGCUGUAACUGCCAAGUUCCGGAUGAAAACGAAUGUAAAUAUCGACCCUGUGACGUUUUCGCCCACUGUACGAACACCCUAGGCAGUUUCACCUGUACGUGCUUCCCUGGCUAUCAAGGCGAUGGUCUUCACUGUGAAGAUAUCGACGAAUGUCAGGAUCCAAACAUUGCCCAGCGAUGUGUGGAGAAUGCCGAGUGUUGCAACUUACCAGCGCACUUUGUGUGCAAAUGCAAACCCGGCUUCGAAGGCGACGGAGAAGAGCGAUGUGCAGAUAUCAACGAAUGCUUGGAUCCGCAAGCGUGUGGCCUGAACGCGGAAUGUGUCAACCUGCCCGGCAACUACACCUGUCAGUGCCGGGAAGGAUUCUAUGGCGAUCCGUACAACGGGUGUAUCGAUGUGGAUGAAUGCGUCCAGCCCGGCGUUUGCGGACCAGGUGCCAUAUGUACGAACCUUGAGGGCGGUUAUCGCUGCGACUGCCCGCAAGGAUUCGAUGGAGAUGCACGCUCGGCUCAGGGUUGUCUCGAUUACGACGAGUGCGCACGGUCACCGUGCGGUCGAAAUGCGCUUUGCCGAAACGAAGUGGGUAGUUUCAGGUGCGAAUGUCAGCAGGGUUUUUCGGGCGAUCCAAUGACGGACUGUCAAGACGUUGACGAGUGUGCUGGUAAUCCGUGUGCGGAUGGUGCGAUUUGCAUCAAUUCGCCCGGCGGAUAUCGGUGUAAAUGUCCGGCUGGAUUGAUGGUUACGGACGACGAUCAGUGUACGGACAUCAACGAAUGCGCCAAAGCUAACGCUUGCGGGGAGAACGCCAAAUGCAUCAACUUUCCCGGAUCCUACAAGUGCCUGUGUCCUCAGGGAUACGAGGGACGCGGUGAAUUGUUUUGCAAAAAUGUAAACGAAUGCCUUGAUAAUCCAUGCGGGGAAAAUGCGAUAUGCACGGACACGGUGGGAAGCUUUAUUUGUUCAUGCAAACCAGAAUACACCGGAGACCCCUUCCGGGGAUGCGUAGAUAUAGACGAAUGCAGUGCAUACGAGAAACCGUGCGGCGAGCAUGCGAUAUGCGAGAACGCUGCUCCAGGGUAUAAUUGUCUCUGCCCACAAGGAUACGUGGGUCGGCCGAAUGCUAAGGUGGCAUGCGAACAGGCCGAUGUGAACGUGCUCUGCACGAGUGCCUUCGACUGUACGAACAACGCGGAAUGUAUCGAGGGUCAGUGCUUCUGUCAGGAUGGGUUUGAACCACAAGGUUCAGUGUGUGUCGAUAUCGAUGAGUGUCGUAGUGGCGUAGGCUUUGGCAAGGGACCGAGUGCGGGAGUUUGCGGUCCCUCUGCGGUGUGUGUUAACAUACCCGGUUCCUAUCGAUGUGAGUGUGAAGAUGGCUUCAUCGGUACACCGCCACGAGUUCCCUGCAAACCGCCGUGCGCUGAUGUAAAAUGUGGCAAAAAUGCUUAUUGUAAGGCCGAAGGUCAGGAAGCGUUCUGUAUUUGCGAUGAGGGAUGGACGUUCAAUCCUUCAGACAUAGCGGCUGGAUGCGUCGACAUCGACGAGUGUGACCCGUCACAGGGGCCGAACGGGCGCUGUGGCUUAAACACCGUGUGCACGAACCAUCCCGGCAGCUACAGUUGCACUUGUCCACCUGGAUUUACGGGUGAAGCAACACGCCAAUGCCAGGAUGUGGACGAGUGUGCCAAGCCCGGUGCGUGCGGUGUCAACGCGCUCUGCAAGAACCUCGAGGGUUCACAUCAGUGCAGCUGCCCUCCAGGAACGAUUGCCGAUCCGGAUCCAAGCGUACGCUGCAUCAGUAUCGUCGUCUGCUCAAAAGAUGCGGAUUGUCCUGGCAAUGCGGUGUGUGAUCAACAAAAGCGCUGCCUGUGUCCAGAACCAAAUGUAGGCAAUGAUUGCCGGCAUCCUUGCGAGAAGGUCACCUGUGGUCCGAACGCUCACUGUAUGCUUGUUCCGGGAGGAGGAGCACAGUGUUUGUGCAGUGAAGGAUACACUGGCCUACCGGGCCAGUGCGUAGACAUUAACGAAUGUGGAGCAAACCCCUGCCCGAGUGGAGCUGUCUGUACGAAUCUUCCCGGUGGCUACACGUGCCAGUGUCCUGGAGGAAGUUCGGGUGACCCGUACUCGGGUGGCUGCUCAAAGUCGGCUUUGCAUACAUGUGGUGAAAACAACCCCUGUCCGGCGGGAGAAAAAUGUAUCUUGGAUGCGUACAGCGGAAACAGUGUGUGCAUCUGCGGGCAAGGGUACAAGCGGGAUGCAAAGGGCAGUUGUCGCGAUGUAGACGAAUGUUCCGACGCCUCGAAAGCGGCUUGUGGUGUAAAUGCUAUUUGCAAGAAUUUACCGGGCAGCUACGAAUGUCAGUGUCCUGCAGGAUUCAACGGAAAUCCCUACCAGUCGUGCGAUGAAUGUCAUAGUGCCGAGUGUCGAUGCGCAGCUCCGUACAAGCUAAUGGACGGUAACUGCGUGCUGGACAGCUGUUCACCGGAUGGAAAAUGUCCGGGUGGGGCCGAGUGUAUCUCAAUUACCGGUGGUGUUAGUUACUGUGCCUGUCCUAAAGGGUUCCGUACGCUCGCGAAUGGUCACUGCGAAGACAUCGAUGAGUGUGGUGAAGGACAGCAAGUGUGUGGAUACGAUGCUAUCUGUCUGAACACGAUCGGAGGUUUCGAAUGCAAAUGUCCGCUUGGCUACUCGGGUGAUCCAUACCAAGGAUUGUGUACGCUCGCACAGAAACGCUGCGCAGCCGAUCGCGAGUGUGGCGCCAACGAACGCUGUGUCCAACCGGGCGAAUGUGUCUGUCCGCCUCCCUACUACAUGGACGCGUACGAUGGAAAUCGCUGCAAAAGCCCUUGCGAGCGGUUCCCGUGCGGUAUGAACGCACGUUGCACUCCUUCCGAUCCGCCGCAGUGUAUGUGCGAGGUCGGUUUCAAGGGAGAUCCACUGACCGGAUGCAUCGAUGAGGACGAGUGUGCCAAUAGCCCCUGUGCGUAUGGGGCGCAAUGCAUGAACCAACGCGGUGGCUACAAAUGCAUCUGUCCACCCGGAAUGGUGGGUGAUGCAUACAAAGGGGGGUGCAUUUUGGAGCAGGGUUCGGUUAAGAGCCAGUGCCGCAGAAACGAGGACUGCGCUGAUACACUAGCCUGUGAACGAGGAACAUGCGUCAGUCCGUGUGCAAGUUUGCUUUGCGGAGCGAACGCGUUCUGUGAGCCUGAAAAGCAUGCGGCAUGGUGCCGUUGUCGUGCCGGUUUCGUCGAAGGACCGAGUGGAGACUGCGUAUCACAAUGUGAAGGCUAUAUGUGCGGUCAAGGUGCGAUGUGUAUCGUGUCGAACACGGGACCUACCUGCAAGUGCCCUCCGGGAGAGAUGGGCAAUCCGUUCCCGGGUGGUUCAUGCACCACGGAUCAAUGUUCCACCAGCCGCCCAUGUGCCGAUCCUCAAGUGUGCAUAAACGGACGAUGCAAGCAUAAGUGCGACGGUGUGGUUUGCGGUGUAGGUGCGACCUGCGAUAGUGCCAGCGGAAAGUGCAUCUGCGAACCAUAUUUCGUCGGCAACCCGGAACUUAUUUGUAUGCCUCCCGUAUCAUCGCCCGCUUGUGAACCUGCGUGCGGUCAGAAUGCACACUGCGAGUACGGUGUUAUCCAGAACGUGUGUGUUUGCAACCCAGGAACCUCCGGGAACCCGUACGGAUUGUGCGAACCGCAGCAACGCAACAUGUGCAGUCGAAUGCGCUGCGGAACGAAUGCAGAGUGUCGUGAGACGCUCACCUCAGCGGAGUGCAUAUGUCCGGGCGGUUACAGUGGCAAUCCAUACGUGGCCUGCCGAGAUGUGGAUGAAUGUUCUGCGCCUGGCGUUUGUGGCGAGGGAGCAAUCUGUAUUAACUCGGCUGGUAGCUACGAUUGCCGAUGCGGACCAGGCUACGGAGGCAAUCCGUUCGUAAUGUGUUCAGCCAUCGAAAAGAGUGUCUGCGACAAUCCAAGAAGAUGUCAGUGCAACAAGAAUUUGCAAUGCCCACCUGGGUAUAGUUGUCAGCGUGGUGUAUGCACGAACAUGUGUGCAAAGACGAACUGUGGUCCACGCGCUGCAUGCGAUUCGGGUCGAUGCGUCUGCCCGCCUGGCUACACAGGAAAUCCGAAUGACCUCAAGCAGGGAUGCAUUCUCGAAGGACAAUGCGAUAGUGAUGCAGACUGUGAAAGUUCCAAGAUUUGUUUCCAAACUAGCAAGGGCCUGCGACGGUGUGUUGAUGCCUGCAGCAAGGUACAGUGUGGCCCGAACGCGCUCUGUGUGGCCAACGAUCAUCGUAGCACGUGUAUUUGUGCUCCGAGCUAUGUAGGAAACCCAGGUGAUCUUACGGUAGGCUGCCAGCAGGAAGCAAAGCUGGUAGCUGAAUGCAAAACCGACGGCGAUUGCAAGUCGGGUCACGUGUGCACUGUUACGGAGAAUGGGUUACACGCCUGUGUGAAUCCAUGUAAUGCUGUGGAGUGUGGAGUACACGAGGCCUGCACGGUCAACGAGCUCAAACAACCUGUUUGUCACUGCCAGAAUGGUUACCGCUGGAACCCAGUUUCAUCGAGCUGCGUUAAGCCAUCGAUUCCAGACUGUACCACGGAUGCGGACUGCCAUCAGGUUGCAGCUUGCCGUCCGGAUGCUGUCGGGGUGCUGAAGUGUAUUGCCGUGUGUACGGAGUUCACUUGCCCACCGAAUUCGGUGUGCGUUUCGUCAAACCAUCAGGGUAGCUGUCAGUGUCUGCCAGGAUACACAGGCAACCCGAACGACCGCAAUGGUUGUCGUCCGGAGCAACAAAACACCUGUCUUACUAGCGCGGAGUGUGCUGAAUCGGACACGUGUAUUUUGCACGAGGGAGCACUUUCUUGUCGACCGGCCUGCGAAGGUGUGCAAUGUGGACCGUUCGCACUGUGCAUCACCAAUAAUCAUAACGCACAGUGCCAGUGUCCGCCGGGCUCGUACGCUGGCGAUCCGUACGAUCUUACCAAAGGUUGCCAAACGGUGUCGUGCGUCUACAACCGAGAUUGUCCAUCGAAUCAGCUGUGUAAUCGAAUGACGCAUAGCUGCGUAGAUGUCUGCCAGGAGGAUACUUGCGGUGAGAAUGCAGUUUGCAUAGCGGAAAAUCAUCGUUCGGUUUGCCAGUGUCCGCCGGGCUAUCGGGCAAAUCCUAUCGCCGAGGUAGAAUGCUCACAGGUGCGAUCGUGCGAUCCGAAUCCAUGCCAUCCAUCGGCGUCCUGUGAACCGGGACCAGAUGGCUACGUCUGCAAAUGUCCCGUUGGUCAGAUUGGAAAUCCGUUAACGGGAUGUCGUGAUGAAGGAGCCUGCCCUGGAGGCGACAACGAAUGCCCUGAAGGAGCUGCCUGUGUCAACGGAAAAUGUAUCGAUCCGUGCGUUAACGCCUGUGGCAUAAAUUCGCAAUGCACGGUUGUUAACCGUGCACCGGUGUGCAGCUGCAAGGCCAAAUAUGUGCCCGGCGCUACAGGAUCGGCUCGGGAUGGGUGCGUGCGCUUAAGCAAUGGCUGCAUGAGCGAUCUCGACUGCAACGGAGACGUCUGCCACGGUGGACAGUGCAUGGUUGCAUGCCGCAACACCAACGACUGUUCAGCAGGAGAACGUUGCCUUAGCAACAUUUGUGCCGUUCCCUGUUCUGCCCACAGCCAGUGUACGGAAGGGCAGGCAUGUGCAGGCGGCAUAUGUGUCAUUGGUUGUCGUAGUAGCCGGGACUGCAGUGGAACCACAGCCUGUAUUGAUUUCAAAUGUACGGAUCCUUGCAAAUCGGAAGGAAACGCAUGUGGACCAAACGCUCGGUGCUCAAGCGUUGAUCAUGUACCGCAGUGCUCCUGUCCUGCCGGGUUCGAGGGCAAUCCUUCGCCCGAGCAGGGUUGCGUGCGAAUACCAACCAACUGUGAGACAUCCGCUCAGUGUGUGGCAGGACAUAUGUGCAUCGGCAAUCUGUGCAGUUUGCCAUGCACGGAAACGACUCCGUGCGCCAUCGGAGAACGGUGUCACAACAGCGUGUGCGCGAAGGUGUGCUACACGAACAACAAUUGCUUGCCAGGAGAGGUUUGCAGCGAGGCUGGGGUAUGUGUGCCGGGAUGCGGAACCGAUGCUGACUGCCCUUCGCAACGCGUAUGUCAGGGAGGAAAGUGCAAGUGUAUGAAAGGCUUCAUUGGCACUCCUUUCGGAUGCGCCGAUAUUGACGAGUGUUCCGACGAACCAUGCCAUCCGAGCGCCGUGUGCGAAAACAUCCCAGGCUCCUACCGCUGCCAGUGUCCGGAGGGAGCCGUCGGUGAUGCCUAUGCAAACCCUGGUUGUCGAAAACCGAACCAGUGUCGCAAGGAUGCCGAUUGCUCUGAUGAGUUAGCCUGCAUAGGAGGGAAGUGUCGCAGCCCGUGUAGCACCAAACAGUGUGGGCUGAAUGCGGAGUGCCAGGUAGUUGGACAUCAGGCAGAAUGUUUCUGUCCCGCUGGAUACUUGGGCGAUGCUACGGACAGAGACACCGGUGUGGGUUGCUUCAAGGUGGAAUGUGUGCAUAACGAGGACUGCGGGGUGGAUCGUGCCUGUAGCGAAGAAUCGAACCGGUGCAUCAAUCCCUGCGAACAGAUCAACUGUGGCCGGGGAACUUGUCAGAUUGUGAAUCACGAAGCGACCUGUACCUGUUAUCAAGGGUACGCUUUCGUGAAUGGCAAAUGCGAGGAUAUCGACGAAUGUGCUGAAACGAAGCCAGCGCCCUGCCACGAGAGUGCCGUGUGUGAGAAUCUGCCCGGUAAUUAUCUCUGUUCCUGUCCGGCUGGCCUAGUGGGCGAUCCUAACUCCGGCGGCUGCAAGCGGUCUGACGAAUGCAUCUCUAGCGAAGACUGUCCGAGUGGUGCAGUGUGUAUUGAUGCACAGUGCAAGAAUCCUUGUGCCGAAGAGAAUGUAUGCGGUGAGAACGCACUCUGUACAUUGGUCGGAGACCGUGCCACCUGCGAAUGUCCUCCAACAACUCGUGGUAAUCCGAAGGUGGCUUGCAGAAAGCUCGAAUGCACGACCGCGGACGAGUGUACGGCCGAUCGGACAUGUAUUGGAAAUCGCUGCAUUGACCCAUGCUCGCUGAAAAGUGCGUGCGGAAGCAGCGCCAACUGUGUUACCAAGAACCAUUUGGCCAUUUGUUCGUGUCAGCCAGGAACGACUGGAAACCCUCUGCUCGGUUGCGUACCGCUUCAGUACUGCAACAACGACCUACAGUGUCCGACCGGGUCGAAGUGCAGCGCUGGCGUGUGCUGUUCCUUGUGUGGCACUAACCGCGACUGUCUGGAUGAUCAGCUUUGCAUACAGGGCGUUUGCCAACCGACCUGUCGAUCCAACACAACCUGUCCCGACUUCCAAUACUGCCACAACGGCAUCUGUACAAAGGAAUUUAAAUGCCGUGCGGACGAUGAGUGCGAUGCGGACGAAAUGUGCAUUACCGAUUCGAACGGACGCUCCGAGUGUCGCAAUGCAUGCAAUACUGGGCGUGUGCUGUGUGGCCGUAAUGCUGACUGUACUGCGCGCAAUCAUGUGGCCGAGUGCGAGUGUAAGCAAGGAUUUUUCCGUGAUUCGGCCGGUGUGUGCCGAAAGGUGGAAUGUGCUAGUGAUGAAGACUGUUCCUCGGAUAAGGUGUGCGAUAACCACGCGUGUAAAAUUGCCUGCCUUGCUAGUGAAACACCCUGCGGGGCAAAUGCGCUGUGUUCGGCCGAAAACCAUCGUCAGGUAUGCUACUGUCAGCCGGGCUUCACGGGUGAUCCGAAGAGUGGCUGCUCGUUGAUUGAUUUCUGUAAGGAGCGGCCAUGUGCACCAAAUGCCAAGUGUCGCAACAGCAGAGGUUCCUAUCGCUGCUCCUGCCCGACGGGUCUGGUCGGAGAUCCCUAUCAGGGAGGUUGCAAGAGAGCAGCCGAAUGCGAACGCGACAGCGAUUGCCCGGAUACUGCCGAGUGUGUGCAAGAGAACGGUGAAUCGAAGUGUCGCGAUGUGUGUGCGAACGUCACAUGUGGUCCAAACGCUGAGUGUACAGCCCGAAGCCAUAACGCUGACUGCAAGUGUCGAGCACGGUUCGAAGGUGAUCCGAAGGAUCUCACAAACGGUUGCAAGCCAAAGCCACUGUCUUGCAAGCGCAACAAUGAUUGUCCGGAAAACUCGUACUGUCAUGGACAGAUCUGCAAACCGGCCUGCUCGGAAACCGAUGAGUGCAACCAGGAUGAGGUAUGCUCGAACGGACAGUGCAUUAAUCCAUGUCACGAGGUGAACGCUUGCGGUAUGAAUGCUGAAUGUUUGAUGGGUGCUCACACGAAACAGUGCUCCUGUCCUGCAGGAUUCACUGGAGAGGCGGCCGUGGAAUGUGUACGAGUGCCAAUAUCUUGUGCAUCCAGUGCAGACUGUGUGGAUGGAAGCAUCUGCAAGGAAUCCAUGUGUUUGCCACGCUGUAGAAACGACCAGGAAUGUGCAUUGAAUGAGAAAUGUCUGCAGGGCAGUUGUAUGCUGACCUGUCGACUGGAUAACGACUGCUUCCUGGGUCACAUCUGUCUAACCGGACGUUGUGUUUACGGAUGCCACGCUGAUAGUGACUGCAGUGCGAGUGAAACCUGUCGCGACAAUCGAUGCGUCAAUCCGUGCUCGGACAAUCCUUGCGGACCGAACGCGGCAUGCACCGUGGUUAACCAUCGUGCCAGUUGCUCCUGCUUCAACGGAAUGGUGCCCAGCCCGACGGCAAAGGUCGGGUGUGUGCGCGCCCCAGCCCUGCAAUGUACGGAAAAUCGCGACUGUGCGGACGGUACGUCCUGCAUCGAUCGCCUUUGCCGGCCGGUAUGUGGCAAUGACCAAGGAUGCCUCAACAACGAACGUUGCGACGGUGGCACCUGUAAGCCAAUUUGCCGCAAGGAUGACGAUUGUCGUACGGGUGAAAUCUGUCAGGGGCAAACCUGCAUGAUCGGUUGCCGAUCGGACAGUGGAUGUUCCGAUCAGCUAGCCUGCAUUGGACAGCAGUGUACCGAUCCAUGCCAGGAACCGACCGCCUGCGGAACUAAUGCCGAAUGUGUGGUCAUAGCGCACAGAAAACAGUGCAGCUGCCCGGCCGGGUUAGUCGGCGAUCCGUUCAAUUUGGGUUGCCGGCAGGAGACGCACUUGUGUCAAACGCGCACCGAUUGCCCGAAAGGACAGGCUUGCUAUGUUGGUACAUGUAUGCAAACGUGUCGCAACGAUCAGAAUUGUUUAGCCGAUGAACGCUGUGUGCGAGGCACCUGCCGAACUGUGUGCAACAGUGACGGAGCUUGCGGUAACGGACUUAUCUGCGAGGGACGCAUCUGUCAGGCAGGCUGCCGAUCGGACAAUCAGUGUGCCAACAAUCAGGCCUGCAUCAACAAGAAGUGCACGGACCCGUGUGCAACACUGGGACAGUGUGGCUCCUGUUCGGAGUGCACGGUAAUCGAUCAUGGCGUACAGUGCAGCUGCCCGCACGGUUACCUCGGCAAUCCGCUACUGUCGUGCAGUCCGCCAGCGGAAAAAUGUCACGCCCAAUGUGUAUGCGAUGAGGAUGGUAUGUACUGCGUGAAGAGCUGUCGUCAGGCGAAGGACUGUGGUUGCGGUCAGACUUGCCAUCGGGGCAAAUGUCGCACUAAGUGCAACCCAGGCAACUGUCCGGCGGGAUUAUUGUGCCAGAACGGUGCAUGCGUAGCAGGUUGCCGCACGAAUGCCGAUUGUCCCAGCGAUCGGUCCUGCACGAAUGGUAAAUGUGUGGAUCCGUGCGCUGGCGGUAAGGCCUGUGGUAGGAACGCACUUUGUCAAGUGUCGGACCAUCGUUCACUGUGCCUGUGCCCCGAUGGGUUCCAAGGCGAUCCGGCCGUAGGAUGUGCACAGUACGAAUGCCAGACCAACGAUGACUGCGAGCUGGAUAAAAAGUGUGCGAGCGGCAAAUGUAUCAAUCCGUGUCUCAUACCGGGAGCGUGUGGCUUGAACGCGCAAUGUCGGGUCGUCAAUCGACAGGCGCAGUGUAGCUGCACGCCCGGCUUUUUCGGCAAUGCGCGCCAAGAGUGUCAACCGGUGCAAAAGAACAGCUGUGCUCAGAAUCCGUGUGGCGAUAAUACCGUGUGCCGGGAGGAUGAGAACGGUUACGAAUGCUCUUGCCAGCCUGGCUGCGUGGGCGAUCCUCGGCAGGGGUGCCUGUGUGAGGGUAAGCUCAAGAAGGACGAUUGUGAGCAGUACGCUUGCGGCACCAAUGCGGUCUGCCGCAUGACAGAAUGGGGUGCACCGUCCUGCGUGUGCUUACCGACACAUCCGCACGGAGAUCCGUACAUGUCAUGCACACAAGACGAUACUGGUGUCGAUUGUAGAACAACGGGCUGCGUAGAGGGAGAGUGUGUUCGUGACGGUACGAAGUUUAUUUGCCGCAAAGACGAAUCCUGUGCGAACGAUUUACAAUGCGCCAAUGAUAAGGCUUGCAUCGGAGGCAAAUGCUCCGAUCCGUGCUCGCUGCGAGGUGCAUGCGGUGACAAUGCACUCUGCCAAACGGUACUGCACAGACCACGAUGCUCGUGCCCGAGCUGCUACAUCGGACGACCGAACGUCGAAUGCAAACCGGAUCCCAAAUGCGAAGAAGUGACCACCCCAAGACCAAAUGACCCGAAGAUAGUUUCGGUGGCAUGCGAGACAAACGACGACUGCCACGAAAGCCUGCGCUGCGACGCCAGCGGCCAGUGCAGCGAUCCGUGCACGGUACCAUCACCGUUUGUAUGCGACGCCAACAAGAAAUGUGUCUCGCGCCGUCAUCGGCCCAGCUGCGUUUGUACGCACGGUUUCAUCGUGAAUGACAGUGGCGAGCUCGUAUGCGCGCCGGAAAAGCGCGAAUGCUUCGGCGACGACGGUUGCGCCUCGAACAUGGCCUGCCUCGAAGGUCGUUGCCUGAACCCAUGCUUUGCCAAUGGUAAGCGCAGCGCUCCCUGUCCGGACGACAAGGCUUGCGUAGUGGUGGACCACAGGCCGACGUGCGUUUGCAUGAAGGACUGCAGUCCAUCGCUGUCGAUCUGCUUGCGCGACACCGGUUGUCCGGAUGAGCUGGCCUGCCGCAAUUACCAGUGCGUCAAUCCGUGCGAGACGACCACUUGUGCCGAAGACACGCCAUGUUAUGUCGAAGAUCACAAACCAAUCUGUAAAUUCUGCCCGCCCGGCUUCGUUAAAGAUGUACGACAUGGAUGUUUGAAAGCUGUUGAAAAAGAUGAAGGAGAAAAAACUCAUGACAUGAAGAAUGUCAACUGUUCGGAGCACUCCGACUGCGGCGAAAAAUUGCACUGUUUUGUCGGCCUUUGUGUUGAUCCUUGUAGGUCUGGUUGUGGUGAACGGGCUAUUUGCACAGUGAAAGCACACCUUCCUAUUUGUGCCUGUCCUGCAGGUUACACCGGGGACGCAUCUAAACGGUGUUUACCUUUGGACGGCAUUAAGAGUAACACUUCUGUCACGCUGAUGCCUGAAGGUAUGACUGAAUAUCCUGAGGAGUACUAUGAGGGACACAAAAUUGAUCGAUCAGAUGAAUUUACCACAGUCGAAACUGACACCACUAUCAUAAUGAACGAGCCAACCACAUCAAGCACAUUGGCAUCAGAGGAUGAUUAUACGACGUUAUCUUUGAACACCAAACAAAACGAAUCGAAGGGUAAUGUUGCUAGCACAACUUCGCAGGAUGUUGACAAUGGCGACGAGGGUAAGGAAACACUCGAAUCCUUUUCGACCAUUCAGCCAAACACUGAACACUUUAAUGCUCUAACCACGUCAGAGCCAUACACGUCUACGAGUCCUGCAGAAGCCACUACAUCUGAGACUACCCUUGAUAUGAACUUGUCCACCUCCACGAUUCUUCCGAAAACGAACCAAUCAACAGCAAAACCGAACAGUCACGUGGAUACGCUGACAAAGCAGGAUCGUAAAUCAACCGAUUUGGAGGAUACGGACCAGCAACCAACAAUAACGACACCGAUCGAUGAAUAUUUUGUGGAACUAUCCUCCACUUCCAAGCAUUACGAGUUCAUGCAAAACAGUGAGGCCACUGUUACUCCUUUAGGAAGGAAAACAAGUACUACUAGCAUGACUACUUCAGACGAUAUCACUACCACCACAGAACAGUACCUGUUGGAUGAUCGGAGUUUACCGCUCUCAACAUACGGGUAUGAUGGUGAGGAUUACAUAGACGAAGAAAGCACAUCGACGACAGCAACAAUUGAAACAACUGUGCUGGCUUCAAACACAACCAAACCGUACGAUACCCUCCCAUCAGGGACAACAGCGGAGCCAAUUAUUGAAAUCAUCCAGUGUCGCACAGAACAAGAUUGCCGUUCAAACGAAACCUGCGUUGGUAACAUCUGCAUCGAUCCGUGUGCUCAAUUCAAUCCUUGCCCUCAGGAUGUUCCUUGUCAAACCUUAAAUCAUGCUCCUAUGUGCUUGUGCAAUAGCGAUACCGAUACCGGUUACAGCGUUGAUUGUAUGAAAAAAUCAGAAUUAGGAUGUAAACAUAGCAACGAGUGUCCAUUGGAAAGAUCGUGCAUCAACGGAAUUUGCGUUGACCCAUGUCGAUCUGGCAAUCCUUGCGAUGUUGGAGAAGAAUGUGAAGUACAAAAUCACGAAACAGUUUGUGUAAAACUAUGCCAAUGUGAGAAGGCAGCAGACUGCGGAAGUGGACAACUGUGCGAUGGAUGCAACUGUGUGCAAAAGGAUACCGAUCGUACAACUGGUUGUGAGCAUUGUCCACCAGGCAUUCCAUGUGACCCAAUUACUGGAGGUUGCGUCAAGGAGCCUCCGGGAUCGCCCAAAAUUCCUGAGCCUUGCCAAUCUGAUAACGACUGUCUGGAUAACGAAGCGUGUUACAUGGGCUUGUGCGAAAAUCCUUGCUUAUUUGAUGGCGUUUGUGCGGAAACAGCAACAUGUCAGGCAAAAAUGCAUCGUCCUAUUUGCACAUGUCCACCAGGACAUGAGGGUAACCCAACCAUCAAAUGCACAGUGCUGGAGCCAAUACAAUGCACCACAAAUGAUGAGUGUUCACUUACGGAAGCCUGUGUUGGAAACGUGUGCCAUAGACCGUGUGAUGUAAAAAAUCUUUGUACGACCAAUGCAGUUUGCAUCAAUACCAACCACGGUACUGAUUGCAGUUGCAUUGACGGAUAUCAUGGGAACGGUUUUGUGCAAUGCAUACCAGUAACAACAGUUGGUUCGGUUUGCCAAUAUAACGAAGAUUGUCCGCCAGAUAAGCUUUGUGAUCGAUUAAAUCGCAUCUGUAUUAAUCCAUGCCAAAGCGAUUCUUGUGGCGAGAAUGCAGAUUGCUACCCAGUGAAUCAUGGAAUCGAUUGCCGCUGCAGAGCAGGAUACGCUGGUAAUGCCUACAUUGAGUGUACACAACCGCAAGGUUGCCUCUCGGAUCGACAGUGCAACGAUAACGAGGCAUGCAUUAAAGGUCGUUGCUCAUCACCGUGUCAAUGCGGACCAAAUGCUAUGUGCGAUGUGAAGAACCAUAAAUCGAUUUGCCGUUGCCCGCCGGGAUAUGGUGGCAAUGCACGAAUCGGGUGCAAUCCACCAAGCAACCCGUGCGAUCCCAAUCCGUGUGGAAUCAAUGCAAUGUGUGAGGUGGACAACGGUAGUCCGGUUUGCUUCUGUCCACGGGGAUUGACGGGAAAUCCCUUCAAAAAUUGCAUUCCUGAAGGUGACGAGUGCACUCCAAAUCCAUGUGGUCCCAAUUCCGGAUGCCGGAAAAUCAAUGGCAAAGCCACCUGCUUCUGUUUACCAGAGUUUGAAGGAAAUCCACCACAUACGCCAUGUACACUGCCCCAAAAUCCAUGCGUUCCAUCACCUUGUGGGCCAAAUACUCAGUGUACAAUACUCGGUAACGGUUAUGCAAAAUGCACUUGUGUUCCAGGAUACAUCGAAAGUCCGAAUACGAUUCGCGGCUGUGUGGAGCCCUCUAGUCCAUGCGAUCCAAAUCCCUGCGGUUUUGGGGCAAUCUGCGAUGCUACACGCAACCCAGUCUGCUACUGUCCGGAUUCGAUGAUCGGAAACCCCUAUCGCAGCUGCCUAGAGCCAGUGAUGACACCGGAACUGUGUCAACCAGGACCAUGCGGUGCGAAUGCUGAUUGUUACGUCGCAGAAGGCAGGGAGCAGUGUUACUGUAAGCCGAACUUCAUUGGAGAUCCUUAUGGAGGAUGCGUUGAACAACCCAGAUCAGUUUGCGAACCAAAUCCUUGCGGCCCGGGAGCGGAGUGUGUGCUGCUAGUGGAUGGUGCUCCGGGAUGCCGAUGCCCACCAGGAUUGAGUGGAGAUCCAACGACAACUGGUUGUCACGCAUUUGAGUGCUUAAGCGAUGACCAAUGUGCGGCAGACAAAGCAUGUAUCGGACUUCGCUGUUCUGAUCCCUGUCCGGGAUCAUGCGGUACAGGAGCUCAUUGUCGUGUAGAGAAGCAUCAUCCAGUAUGCUUCUGCGAUGCUGGCUUAACAGGCAAUCCCGCCAUUCAAUGCUACAGCUUAGAUGAACGGCCCCGAGACGCUUGUAAUCCUAGCCCGUGUGGUGCAAAUGCUCGCUGUACAUUGAGAAACAAACGACCAGUUUGUAAAUGCUUAACAAACUACCACGGUGAUCCACGGAAGGGCUGCAAACCUGAAUGCGAUAUUAACUCUGAUUGCACACCGGACAAAUCGUGCAUCAAUCAUAAGUGCGUAUCGCCCUGUGCAUUGGGAACGGUGUGCGGUGUGAACGCAGAGUGCAGUGUGAAUUAUCAUACACCAAUGUGCAAGUGUCCUUCGGGUUAUACCGGCGACGCAUUCGUGCAGUGUGUUCCGAUACCAGAGGAAAGAAAUAUGACCAGACAACCAUGCUUAUCGGACCCGUGCGGGCCCGGUGAAAUUUGUUCGAUCUAUGGUAACGAUGUAGCACUUUGCGACCCGUGCGUAGCACCGGACGCAAUACAUAAUCCUCGAUGUCGUCCACAGUGUGUGCUAAACACGGAUUGUCCAUUCAACAUGGCCUGCUUACAGUCACAGUGUCAAGAUCCUUGUCCUGGAUCGUGUGGAUACAACGCCCUGUGCACCGUAGAACGACAUCGACCUGUCUGCUAUUGCCCACCAAACAUGCACGGUAACCCAUACGAACAGUGUAAACCACAGGAAAGUCCUCGGGAAACUUGCGAUAGUAUACGAUGCGGAGCAAAUACGCAGUGCAAACAACAGAACGGAGUCUUAGCAUGCGUGUGUAAGAAGAAUUACUACGGAGACCCAUUAGUGGGUUGCCGACCAGAAUGUGUGGUAAAUACGGACUGCCCGAUCAGUAAGGCAUGCGUGAAUUCACGCUGCGUUGAUCCCUGCGUUGAUGCCUGCGGCGUGAACGCGCAAUGCAAGGUUGUAAAUCAUCUACCAAUAUGCUUCUGCCCGCCAACGCACACCGGUGAUGCACUGGUUGCAUGCACAGAACGCACCUAUCUGCCACCGGACAACACGCCUUGUGACCCGAAUCCAUGUGGACCGAACAGCAAAUGUCGCACUACACCCGACGGUUAUGCCAUCUGUUCGUGCUUGCCUGGAUACCGUGGAGUGCCUCCCGCUUGUCAGGCGGAAUGUAUGAUCAAUGCGGAAUGUCCGCAGAAUAAGGCGUGCAUCAAUUUGAAGUGCGCUGAUCCUUGCCCGGGUACUUGUGGCGUCGGUGCACGCUGCGAGGUUCUGAACCAUAAUCCGAUAUGCAGUUGCGGUGCUAACCAACAAGGUGAUCCAUUUGUGAUCUGUGAAUCGCGUCAAAAUGAACCACCGAUAGAGCAAAGGAAUCCUUGCGAUCCUUCGCCAUGUGGACCAAACUCAUUGUGUCAAGUGCGCAGCCGGCGCCCGGUGUGUUCCUGCCAACCAAACUUCAUUGGUUCGCCGCCCGCCUGCCGUCCAGAGUGUGUGCUCAGCUCGGAAUGUCCCCAGGAUAAGGCGUGCAUUAAUGAAAAGUGUCAAAAUCCGUGUGCAAACGCUUGCGGAGCGAAUGCUGACUGUCACAUUGUGGCUCACUCGGCAUUUUGCAGCUGCCGUGCAGGAUUUGAGGGAGAUGCGUUCAUCGGUUGUUCUGCUGUUCCCAACGAUACGCCGAAAGACGUUUGCUAUCCUAACCCGUGUGCAGAAAACGCAAUAUGCAGCGAGCAUAACGGUGCUGCGAAGUGUACAUGCAUAACACCAUAUCUAGGAGAUCCGUACAAUACAGGGUGCAGACCCGAGUGCGUGCUGAACUCCGACUGUCCGAGCCAUUCCGCGUGCGUCAAUCAACAUUGCCGUGAUCCAUGUCCAGGUGUUUGCGGUACAAACGCAGAUUGUACCGUCGCUAAUCAUAUACCAGUGUGUGAGUGUAGCCGUGGAUAUGUGGGCGAUCCGUUCCGGGGUUGCCGUAAGGAUAUACCACCGCCAGUGGCCCCAAAGGAUCCAUGCGCGUCCUGUCCAUCGAACAGCGUGUGCCGUGUGAUGGGUGGCCGACCAACAUGCUCCUGCGCGGAAGGAUACCGUGGAACACCACCGGCAUGCCGACCAGAAUGCUCAAGCAAUGAGGAAUGUCCGCACGACCGAAGCUGCAUCAACUUGAAAUGCAAAGAUCCGUGUCCUGGAUUGUGUGGAAUUAAUGCACAGUGUCAAGUUAUCAACCACAAACCGUUCUGCAGUUGUCAGCGCGACAUGAUUGGUAAUCCGUUCGAACAGUGUUACCCCAAACCAGCAGAACCAGUACAUCCGUGUCAGCCAAGCCCUUGUGGAGCGUACUCGGAAUGCCGGGAAAUUGAUAAUCGUGCAGUGUGUACAUGUGCUGCCGGUAUGCUCGGUGCGCCACCGAACUGUAGACCGGAGUGUGAAACGGAUCAGGACUGUCCUUCAAACCGUGCGUGCUUCAAUCAGAAAUGCCGUGAUCCGUGCGUGGGAUCAUGCGGCUACAACGCAGAAUGUACUGCCCGCAACCAUCGGCCAGAAUGUAACUGUGUGAAUGGGUUUGAAGGGGAUCCAUACAGUGGUUGCAAUCCAGUUGCGAUUAAACGGGAUGAAAUCAUAGAACCAUGCAAUCCGUCACCUUGCGGAUCAAAUGCGAUUUGCAAGGAACGUAACGGUGCCGGUUCGUGUACAUGCAUGCCCAACUAUUUCGGUGAUCCAUACGUCAACUGCCGACCGGAAUGUGUUCAGAGUUCAGAAUGUCCGUUGUCCAAGGCAUGCGUUAACAUGCGCUGCAUUGAUCCAUGCCUUGGCACAUGCGGUCCUAAUAGUGAAUGUCGUGUACAUAACCACUCGCCGUAUUGUAGCUGUAGUCCAGGUUAUACAGGCAAUCCAUCACAGGCUUGCCGUCCUAUUGUGGUAGAAAACCUUCCCGCCCGCCAUCCCCUUGAUCCGUGUUCGCCAUCUCCAUGCGGUCCGUACAGCAUAUGCAGGGUGCUAGACGGUCAUCCGGUUUGCUCGUGUCAGAUCAGUUGUUCCGGUGUUCCGCCAAACUGUCGUCCAGAAUGUCUUAUCAAUGCAGAGUGCCCGCGCGAUCGAACGUGCCUCAACCAGCGGUGCAUUGAUCCGUGCCCGGGUACGUGCGGCAUGAAUGCACGGUGUCGUGUGGUGAAUCACAAUCCGAUUUGCAGCUGUAAUGCUGGUUUCACUGGUGACCCGUUUGUGCAGUGCUCACCAGAGCCAACACAACCGGUGUUAGAGGAGGAGUACAGGAAUCCAUGCCAGCCAUCACCGUGUGGAGUGAAUUCAUUGUGCAAAGAGCACAACAAUCGGGCUGUAUGUUCAUGUUUACCCAACUACGUGGGUCGUCCACCAAACUGCAGGCCCGAAUGUACCGUGGACUCUGAGUGUGCCAUGAAUUUGGCCUGCAUAAAUGAAAAAUGCCGCAAUCCGUGCGCUGGAUCUUGUGGAGUAAAUAGCGAGUGCGUUGUUGUAGCACACAAACCUUUAUGUAGCUGCACGCAAGGCUACAGCGGGGAUCCAUUCGCUGGAUGCAGUAUCAUUCAGAUCGUUCACGAAGAAACGCCCAUGCCAUGCAAUCCCAGCCCGUGUGGAACGAACGCCAUUUGCAAAGAGCGUAAUGGUGCAGGAUCAUGCACGUGCGCUCCGGAAUACUUUGGGGAUCCGUACGUUGGAUGUCGCCCGGAGUGCGUUAUGAAUAGCGAUUGUCCUAGAACGCGAGCCUGUAUCAAUAACAAAUGUCAAGAUCCGUGUCCUGGAACGUGUGGUGUUAAUGCUGAAUGUCACGUCGUAAAUCAUUCCCCGAGUUGCGUUUGUUUGGCAGGAUUCGUAGGGAACCCAUUCACCGAAUGCAGGCCUCAACCUGAAAUUCGAGAUGAGCCGAUAGUUCAACCAUGUCAACCAUCGCCAUGUGGUCCAAACAGCGUUUGCCGCGUGUUAAACAACCAUGCUGUGUGCACUUGCCAGCAGAAUUAUAUUGGUUCUCCGCCAAACUGUCGACCAGAGUGCGUGGUCAGCUCGGAGUGUUCUUUGGACAAAUCGUGUGUUAAAACUAAAUGUACGGAUCCUUGCCCAGGAACGUGCGGUUUUAAUGCACGAUGUCAGGUGGUAAACCACAAUCCGAUAUGCAGUUGCAAGGCCGGCUUCACAGGAGAUCCAUUUGUGAGAUGUGUGCCAGAAGAACGUCGUCCAGUCGUACAGGAAAGACCUGCGGAACCGUGCAUUCCGUCUCCAUGUGGACCCAAUUCUCAAUGUAAAGCAGUUGGUCAAACUGCCGCCUGCUCUUGUCUUCCAAAUUACGUCGGACGCGCACCCAACUGUCGUCCAGAAUGCACUUCGAACUCGCAGUGUACACCGAUGAAGGCGUGUAUUAACGAACGAUGCAGCGAUCCUUGUCCGGGAUCCUGUGGUUCAAAUGCACUCUGCACUGUGCAAAACCACCAGCCGAACUGUCGUUGUAUUGAAGGAUACGAAGGUGAUCCAUACACUUCAUGUGCCCCUAUCAUAAUACACCGUGAACCAGAAAUUGUAGAUCCCUGUAAUCCUUCACCGUGCGGCAUUAAUGCCGAUUGUAAUGUACGCAAUAACGCCGGUUCUUGCACAUGUGUUCAGGAUUACUUCGGCGAUCCUUAUCACGAGUGCCGGCCCGAAUGUAUGCUCAGCUCGGAUUGCGCAAACACGCGUGCAUGCUUGAACAACAAAUGCGUCGACCCAUGCCCUGGAAUGUGUGGUCUGAAUGCGGAAUGUUUCGUCAUGAACCAUUCACCUUCCUGCUCUUGUUUGCCGGGCUACACUGGCAACCCGUCACAAGCAUGUCGCGAGAUACCAAAACAAAUAGAACAUACUCCUGUCGAUCCUUGUCGUCCAUCGCCUUGCGGUCCGUAUAGUCAGUGUCGCAAUGUUAAUGAUCAUGCAGUCUGUUCGUGUCAGGCCAAUUACAUUGGUACUCCACCGGCUUGUCGGCCAGAGUGUACGGUGAGCUCUGAAUGCGCUCUGGAUAAGGCUUGUAUUAAGCAAUCUUGCCUAGACCCAUGCCCUGGAACAUGCGGUUUUAAUGCACGCUGUACGGUGAUUAAUCACAACCCCAUCUGUAGCUGUCCAUCCGGUUUCACAGGCGACCCAUUCGAACGAUGCGUGCCAGAAGAAAAACAAGUGGUUCAAGCUGAACCUACGAAUCCAUGUCUUCCUUCGCCUUGUGGACCGAAUUCGCAAUGCAGGGCGGUUGGCAACGUUCCGGCCUGUUCCUGCCUUCCCAACUAUGUUGGUAGGGCUCCGAAUUGUAGGCCUGAGUGUACGAUCAAUGCAGAAUGCUCUGGAAAUCUUGCCUGCGUAAAUGAAAAAUGUGCGGAUCCGUGUCCGGGAUCGUGCGGUCCCAAUGCUGCUUGUCGCGUGAUCGAACACUCUCCUACCUGUUCCUGCCAAACCGGAUAUACGGGAGAUCCUUUCUCCGGGUGUACAGUUAUUCCUUUAACACCUGUUCGUGAAGAGCCUCGAAAUCCAUGCAACCCAUCGCCCUGUGGAUCUAAUGCAGUGUGCAAGGAACGAAAUGGCGCUGGAUCAUGUACAUGCCUGUCGGAUUACUUUGGUGAUCCGUACAGCGGAUGUCGACCGGAAUGUGUUACCAAUAGCGAUUGUCCUCGCGUGAGAGCCUGUGUAAACAAUAAAUGUGCCGACCCUUGCCCUGGUGUUUGUGGUAUUGACGCAGAAUGUUACGUUGUCAAUCAUUCUCCAAGCUGCGCAUGCCGACCGGGCUAUACGGGAGAUCCUUUCACACAAUGUCGUCUACCAGAGCAACCUAAACAAAAUGAACCGAUUAAUCCCUGCUCGCCGUCCCCUUGCGGACCAAACAGUAUCUGCCGUGAAUCGAACGGCCAUGCCGUAUGCACAUGCCAACCAAGUUUCAUCGGUUCGCCACCGAACUGCCGACCGGAGUGUAUUGUCAGUUCUGAGUGUUCUCUCGAUAAGGCUUGUAUUGGGCAAAAGUGCAAUGAUCCUUGUCCAGGUACUUGCGGGCAGAAUGCACGUUGUCAAAUCGUGAAUCAUAAUCCGAUUUGUAGCUGCUCACUUGGCUUCACUGGAGAUCCGUUCGUAAGAUGCGUACCAGUUGAAAAAGCUCCAGUUGUGCAAGAGCCAAUAGAUCCAUGCGUUCCAUCACCUUGCGGACCAAACUCUGUCUGCCGAGCCAUCGGGUCGACACCUGCAUGUUCUUGUUUACCGAACUACAUCGGCCGAGCGCCAAACUGCCGUCCAGAGUGCAUGCUUAAUGCCGAAUGUGCUGCUACGUUAGCAUGUGUAAAUGAACGAUGUACUAAUCCAUGUGUGGGUUCUUGUGGUAUUAACGCACGUUGUACAGUAGUGAAGCACAAUCCGAUCUGCGAGUGUGAGGCUGGAUUUACCGGAGAUCCCUUCUCUGUCUGUACAGAAAUAGUCACUAUACGUGAUGAGGAACCAGUCAAUCCGUGCAAUCCAUCACCAUGCGGUGCUAAUGCAAUAUGCAAGGAGAGAAAUGGAGCUGGAUCAUGUACUUGCAUGCCAGAAUAUUUCGGCGAUCCUUACACAGGAUGCCGCCCCGAAUGCGUUCAAAAUACCGAUUGCGAAAAAUCAAAGGCUUGCAUGAAUAAUAAGUGCCGAGAUCCAUGCCCAGGAGUGUGUGGGCUUAACGCUGAAUGUGUCGUGCAAAACCAUAGCCCAGUGUGCUACUGUUUGGAGGGAUACACCGGCGAUCCGGCUAGUACGUGUACGUUAGCCGAGAUAGUAACCGAGAGACCAAAGCUUCCAGGUUGUCAACCGUCACCGUGCGGUCCAAACAGUCAGUGCAGAGAAAUCAACGGCCAUCCUGUGUGCUCAUGCCUGGCAGGCUACAUCGGUACGCCACCGAUGUGUCGCCCAGAAUGUGUCGUCAGCUCGGAAUGUAGUCAGGAUCGAGCGUGCGUUAAUAAGAAAUGCGUUGAUCCAUGUCCUGGAACCUGUGGUACAGAUGCCCGCUGUCAAGUUGUUAAUCACAAUCCGAUAUGCAGCUGCCCUCCUGGUUUUACCGGAGAUCCAUUCAUACAAUGUGCAAAGAAAGAGGAACAGAAGGACAUUACUCCUUUGAAUCCUUGUGUACCCUCACCAUGUGGACCAAAUGCGAACUGCCGAACCGUGGGAAGUCAGCCGGCUUGCUCAUGCGCACCAAACUACAUUGGAAGACCUCCGAAUUGUCGACCUGAAUGCACCAGAGACGCCGAGUGUCCGAGCAAUUUGGCAUGUCAAAACGAAAGGUGCCUUGAUCCGUGUGCGGCUGGAUGUGGUUCGAACGCAGUUUGUCGAGUAAUCAAUCAUAAACCAGUCUGUACGUGUGAUGUAGGUUUCGAAGGAAAUCCUCUCGAGCAAUGCAGUCGCAUCUUGCCACCUACCACUGAACGACUAACGCCUUGUACACCUUCGCCAUGCGGCCCGAAUGCUGAAUGUCGUGAGCGUAACAAUGCUGGAGCAUGUUACUGUUUGGCUGGCUACGAAGGAAAUCCGUAUGAUGUAUUUUCGGGAUGCCGUCGAGAGUGUGACAUAAAUUCCGACUGUUCAGACAAGCUAGCCUGUGUUCAGUAUAAGUGCGUUGAUCCUUGUCCAGGAGUUUGUGGCACUCAAGCUUUGUGCGAAAUCCACAAUCACGUUCCAACGUGCAUAUGCCCAGACGGUAUGGUAGGAGACCCGUUCGUUCAAUGCAAUCUUCGGAUGGCAGAUCCAGUGACACCAGCCCCACCUGUGUGCGAUAAGUACACAUGCGGUCCGAACAGCAUUUGUCGUAUUCAAAAUGGUGUAGCCAUCUGCAAAUGUCAGCCAGAUAUGGUUGGAAGUCCACCAAAUUGUCGACCAGAAUGCCAACAAAAUAGUGACUGCGAGGCAAACCGGGCUUGUGUCAAUUUCAGAUGCAUUGACCCGUGCCCAGGUUCGUGUGGCCAGAAUGCCAACUGCAACAUCAUCAAUCACAAUCCAAUAUGUAGCUGCACGCCUGGCUUUACCGGUGAUCCAUUUACCCGUUGCUAUAAAGAAAUCAUCCCUGUCUCAACAACAGAGGCUCCUCGAGCAUUAUGUACACCGUCACCAUGUGGACCGAAUGCCGAAUGUAAAGUGGUUGGAGAUCGAGAAGCAUGUUCGUGCUUACCUGGUUAUAUAGGAACACCGCCGAGUUGCCGACCGGAAUGUAUUUUAAGUACAGAGUGUUCAGACCAUCUAGCUUGCAUCAGACAAAAGUGUACAGAUCCAUGUCCAGGAUCCUGCGGAUUGAACGCUAAAUGUUCUGUGUCGCGUCAUACGCCAAGCUGCAGUUGUGACGCUGGAUUUACUGGAGAUCCAUUUACCGGAUGUCAAGCCAUUAUCGAAGAUGUACCAGAUAUCAAUCCAUGCAACCCAAGCCCGUGUGGAGCCAACGCUCUAUGCAGGGAACAAAACGGUGCUGGAUCAUGCACAUGUAUCGAGGAUCACUUUGGAAACCCCUACGAAGGAUGUCGUCCAGAAUGUGUGCUCAACUCGGACUGCCCAUCAAACAGGGCUUGUGUGAGGAAUAAAUGUCAAGAUCCUUGUCCAGGCACUUGCGGUCAGAAUGCUGACUGCCAGGUCGUGAAUCACCUGCCCUCGUGUACCUGUUUCCCUGGUUACGAAGGAGAUCCUUUCAGAUAUUGUAACAUCCAACAGAGAGAACCGGUACAAGAGUACGUCAAUCCUUGCCAACCAAGUCCCUGUGGUCCCAACAGCCAAUGUCGAGAGGUUAAUGGACAGGCAGUCUGCUCGUGUCUACCCACUUAUGUCGGCUCUCCUCCGGGAUGUCGCCCAGAGUGUGUGGUCAGCUCAGAAUGUGCCUUGGAUAAGGCAUGUGUCAAUCAGAAAUGCGUUGACCCGUGCCCUGGAACAUGUGGAACCAAUGCUCGAUGCAACGUCAAUAAUCACAGUCCCAUUUGCUCAUGUCAAUCUGGAUUCACAGGCGAUCCGUUCACGAGAUGCUAUCCCAUUCCACCUCCAGUACAAGACACACCAAUCGUUGUAAGGAACCCAUGCGUUCCCUCUCCGUGCGGUCCAAACUCACAGUGCCGUGAUGCAAACGGCUCUCCUUCAUGUUCGUGCCUGAUCAACUACAUUGGAUCUCCGCCGAAUUGUCGCCCCGAGUGCUCAAUAAAUGCGGAAUGUCCGAGCAAUCAGGCAUGCAUGAACGAGAAGUGUCGAGACCCUUGUCCUGGUUCGUGUGGCAUCAAUACCAGAUGUAAUGUGAUCAACCAUACUCCCAUUUGCACUUGUGAGGAAGGAUACACUGGAGAUCCUUUCACAAGCUGUCGACCCAUGCCACCGCCACGUAAGAAUCUCCCUGCGUUGUUUUGUCUCUCAGAUCUCUCCAUAACGAGUCCCCUUCAUCCAACAGCGCCUGAGCCCGUCAAUGACGAUCCGUGCAAUCCUUCGCCCUGUGGGGCAAAUGCACAAUGCCAGAACGGUAUUUGCACAUGUUUGCCAGAGUACCAAGGCGAUCCGUACCGAGGCUGCCGGCCAGAGUGUGUUUUGAACUCGGACUGCGCUCGGGAUAGGGCCUGUAUUCGUAGCAAAUGUGUAGAUCCUUGUCCGGGCACGUGCGGUCAAGAUGCACUCUGCGAAGUGAUCAAUCACAUUCCGAUGUGCCGAUGUCCGGAUGGAAUGGCAGGAAACGCUUUCGUGCAGUGUCGACCACAACAAGCUCCGGCUGUUACCAAUCCUUGUAGUCCAUCGCCUUGCGGUCCUAAUAGCCAGUGUCGCGAGAUCAACGGACAAGCUGUAUGUUCCUGUGUCCCAGGAUACAUUGGAAGCCCUCCGACGUGUCGGCCAGAGUGCGUUGUGAGCGCUGAGUGCCCUCAGAAUCAAGCGUGUACCAACCAAAAAUGUAGGGAUCCUUGUCCUGGAACAUGUGGAGUAGGAGCCAGGUGCUCGGUUGUGAAUCAUAAUCCAAUUUGCAGCUGCCCGGAACGAUACACGGGCGAUCCGUUCGUACGCUGUCAGCCAAUGAUCGAGCCUCCUGUACAAAUGACCCCAAGCAACCCUUGCCAACCAUCUCCUUGCGGACCAAAUGCACAGUGCCGUGCAGUAGGCGAUUCGCCAUCUUGUACAUGUAUAGAGGGCAUGAUCGGUGCUCCACCCAAUUGCCGUCCGGAAUGUAUCAGCAACUCUGAUUGCUCAAACAACUUGGCCUGCAUACGACAAAAGUGCCAAGAUCCUUGUCCGGGCGCCUGUGGGGCCAACGCGGAAUGUAGGGUUGUCAGCCAUACGCCGAUGUGCAUUUGUGCCGUUGGAUAUACUGGCGAUCCUUUCACACAGUGCGUACCUUUCCAACAAGAUACUCCCAAAGAUCAAACGACACCUUGCCUGCCCAACCCAUGUGGAGCCAACGCUCUAUGCAGGGAACAAAACGGUGCUGGAUCAUGCACAUGUAUCGAGGAUCACUUUGGAAACCCCUACGAAGGAUGUCGUCCAGAAUGUGUGCUCAACUCGGACUGCCCAUCAAACAGGGCUUGUGUGAGGAAUAAAUGUCAAGAUCCUUGUCCAGGCACUUGCGGUCAGAAUGCUGACUGCCAGGUCGUGAAUCACCUGCCCUCGUGUACCUGUUUCCCUGGUUACGAAGGAGAUCCUUUCAGAUAUUGUAACAUCCAACAGAGAGAACCGGUACAAGAGUACGUCAAUCCUUGCCAACCAAGUCCCUGUGGUCCCAACAGCCAAUGUCGAGAGGUUAAUGGACAGGCAGUCUGCUCGUGUCUACCCACUUAUGUCGGCUCUCCUCCGGGAUGUCGCCCAGAGUGUGUGGUCAGCUCAGAAUGUGCCUUGGAUAAGGCAUGUGUCAAUCAGAAAUGCGUUGACCCGUGCCCUGGAACAUGUGGAACCAAUGCUCGAUGCAACGUCAAUAAUCACAGUCCCAUUUGCUCAUGUCAAUCUGGAUUCACAGGCGAUCCGUUCACGAGAUGCUAUCCCAUUCCACCUCCAGUACAAGACACACCAAUCGUUGUAAGGAACCCAUGCGUUCCCUCUCCGUGCGGUCCAAACUCACAGUGCCGUGAUGCAAACGGCUCUCCUUCAUGUUCGUGCUUGAUCAACUACAUUGGAUCUCCGCCGAAUUGUCGCCCCGAGUGCUCAAUAAAUGCGGAAUGUCCGAGCAAUCAGGCAUGCAUGAACGAGAAGUGUCGAGACCCUUGUCCUGGUUCGUGUGGCAUCAAUGCCAGAUGUAAUGUGAUCAACCAUACUCCCAUUUGCACUUGUGAGGAAGGAUACACUGGAGAUCCUUUCACAAGCUGUCGACCCAUGCCACCGCCACCGCCUGAGCCCGUCAAUGACGAUCCGUGCAAUCCUUCGCCCUGUGGGGCAAAUGCACAAUGCCAGAACGGUAUUUGCACAUGUUUGCCAGAAUACCAAGGCGAUCCGUACCGAGGCUGCCGGCCAGAGUGUGUUUUGAACUCGGACUGCGCUCGGGAUAGGGCCUGUAUUCGUAGCAAAUGUGUAGAUCCUUGUCCGGGCACGUGCGGUCAAGAUGCACUCUGCGAAGUGAUCAAUCACAUUCCAAUGUGCCGAUGUCCGGAUGGAAUGGCAGGAAACGCUUUCGUGCAGUGUCGACCACAACAAGCUCCGGCUGUUACCAAUCCUUGUAGUCCAUCGCCUUGCGGUCCUAAUAGCCAGUGUCGCGAGAUCAACGGACAAGCUGUAUGUUCCUGUGUCCCAGGAUACAUUGGAAGCCCUCCGACGUGUCGGCCAGAGUGCGUUGUGAGCGCUGAGUGCCCUCAGAAUCAAGCGUGUACCAACCAAAAAUGUAGGGAUCCUUGUCCUGGAACAUGUGGAGUAGGAGCCAGGUGCUCGGUUGUGAAUCAUAAUCCAAUUUGCAGCUGCCCGGAACGAUACACGGGCGAUCCGUUCGUACGCUGUCAGCCAAUGAUCGAGCCUCCUGUACAAAUGACCCCAAGCAACCCUUGCCAACCAUCCCCUUGCGGACCAAAUGCACAGUGCCGUGCAGUAGGCGAUUCGCCAUCUUGUACAUGUAUAGAGGGCAUGAUCGGUACUCCACCCAAUUGCCGUCCGGAAUGUAUCAGCAACUCUGAUUGCUCAAACAACUUGGCCUGCAUACGACAAAAGUGCCAAGAUCCUUGUCCGGGCGCCUGUGGGGCCAACGCGGAAUGUAGGGUUGUCAGCCAUACGCCGAUGUGCAUUUGUGCCGUUGGAUAUACUGGCGAUCCUUUCACACAGUGCGUACCUUUCCAACAAGAUACUCCCAAAGAUCAAACGACACCUUGCCUGCCCAACCCAUGUGGAGCCAACGCUCUAUGCAGGGAACAAAACGGUGCUGGAUCAUGCACAUGUAUCGAGGAUCACUUUGGAAACCCCUACGAAGGAUGUCGUCCAGAAUGUUUGCUCAACUCGGACUGCCCAUCAAACAGGGCUUGUGUGAGGAAUAAAUGUCAAGAUCCUUGUCCAGGCACUUGCGGUCAGAAUGCUGACUGCCAGGUCGUGAAUCACCUGCCCUCGUGUACCUGUUUCCCUGGUUACGAAGGAGAUCCUUUCAGAUAUUGUAACAUCCAACAGAGAGAACCGGUACAAGAGUACGUCAAUCCUUGCCAACCAAGUCCCUGUGGUCCCAACAGCCAAUGUCGAGAGGUUAAUGGACAGGCAGUCUGCUCGUGUCUACCCACUUAUGUCGGCUCUCCUCCGGGAUGUCGCCCAGAGUGUGUGGUCAGCUCAGAAUGUGCCUUGGAUAAGGCAUGUGUCAAUCAGAAAUGCGUUGACCCGUGCCCUGGAACAUGUGGAACCAAUGCUCGAUGCAACGUCAAUAAUCACAGUCCCAUUUGCUCAUGUCAAUCUGGAUUCACAGGCGAUCCGUUCACGAGAUGCUAUCCCAUUCCACCUCCAGUACAAGACACACCAAUCGUUGUAAGGAACCCAUGCGUUCCCUCUCCGUGCGGUCCAAACUCACAGUGCCGUGAUGCAAACGGCUCUCCUUCAUGUUCGUGCUUGAUCAACUACAUUGGAUCUCCGCCGAAUUGUCGCCCCGAGUGCUCAAUAAAUGCGGAAUGUCCGAGCAAUCAGGCAUGCAUGAACGAGAAGUGUCGAGACCCUUGUCCUGGUUCGUGUGGCAUCAAUACCAGAUGUAAUGUGAUCAACCAUACUCCCAUUUGCACUUGUGAGGAAGGAUACACUGGAGAUCCUUUCACAAGCUGUCGACCCAUGCCACCGCCACGUAAGAAUCUCCCUGCGUUGUUUUGUCUCUCAGAUCUCUCCAUAACGAGUCCCCUUCAUCCAACAGCGCCUGAGCCCGUCAAUGACGAUCCGUGCAAUCCUUCGCCCUGUGGGGCAAAUGCACAAUGCCAGAACGGUAUUUGCACAUGUUUGCCAGAGUACCAAGGCGAUCCGUACCGAGGCUGCCGGCCAGAGUGUGUUUUGAACUCGGACUGCGCUCGGGAUAGGGCCUGUAUUCGUAGCAAAUGUGUAGAUCCUUGUCCGGGCACGUGCGGUCAAGAUGCACUGUGCGAAGUGAUCAAUCACAUUCCAAUGUGCCGAUGUCCGGAUGGAAUGGCAGGAAACGCUUUCGUGCAGUGUCGACCACAACAAGCUCCGGCUGUUACCAAUCCUUGUAGUCCAUCGCCUUGCGGUCCGAAUAGCCAGUGUCGCGAGAUCAACGGACAAGCUGUAUGUUCCUGUGUCCCAGGAUACAUUGGAAGCCCUCCGACGUGUCGGCCAGAGUGCGUUGUGAGCGCUGAGUGCCCUCAGAAUCAAGCGUGUACCAACCAAAAAUGUAGGGAUCCUUGUCCUGGAACAUGUGGAGUAGGAGCCAGGUGCUCGGUUGUUAAUCAUAAUCCAAUUUGCAGCUGCCCGGAACGAUACACGGGCGAUCCGUUCGUACGCUGUCAGCCAAUGAUCGAGCCUCCUGUACAAAUGACCCCAAGCAACCCUUGCCAACCAUCUCCUUGCGGACCAAAUGCACAGUGCCGUGCAGUAGGCGAUUCGCCAUCUUGUACAUGUAUAGAGGGCAUGAUCGGUACUCCACCCAAUUGCCGUCCGGAAUGUAUCAGCAACUCUGAUUGCUCAAACAACUUGGCCUGCAUACGACAAAAGUGCCAAGAUCCUUGUCCGGGCGCCUGUGGGGCCAACGCGCAAUGUAGGGUUGUCAGCCAUACGCCGAUGUGCAUUUGUGCCGUUGGAUAUACUGGCGAUCCUUUCACACAGUGCGUACCUUUCCAACAAGAUACUCCCAAAGAUCAAACGACACCUUGCCUGCCCAACCCAUGUGGAGCCAACGCUCUAUGCAGGGAACAAAACGGUGCUGGAUCAUGCACAUGUAUCGAGGAUCACUUUGGAAACCCCUACGAAGGAUGUCGUCCAGAAUGUGUGCUCAACUCGGACUGCCCAUCAAACAGGGCUUGUGUGAGGAAUAAAUGUCAAGAUCCUUGUCCAGGCACUUGCGGUCAGAAUGCUGACUGCCAGGUCGUGAAUCACCUGCCCUCGUGUACCUGUUUCCCUGGUUACGAAGGAGAUCCUUUCAGAUAUUGUAACAUCCAACAGAGAGAACCGGUACAAGAGUACGUCAAUCCUUGCCAACCAAGUCCCUGUGGUCCCAACAGCCAAUGUCGAGAGGUUAAUGGACAGGCAGUCUGCUCGUGUCUACCCACUUAUGUCGGCUCUCCUCCGGGAUGUCGCCCAGAGUGUGUGGUCAGCUCAGAAUGUGCCUUGGAUAAGGCAUGUGUCAAUCAGAAAUGCGUUGACCCGUGCCCUGGAACAUGUGGAACCAAUGCUCGAUGCAACGUCAAUAAUCACAGUCCCAUUUGCUCAUGUCAAUCUGGAUUCACAGGCGAUCCGUUCACGAGAUGCUAUCCCAUUCCACCUCCAGUACAAGACACACCAAUCGUUGUAAGGAACCCAUGCGUUCCCUCUCCGUGCGGUCCAAACUCACAGUGCCGUGAUGCAAACGGCUCUCCUUCAUGUUCGUGCUUGAUCAACUACAUUGGAUCUCCGCCGAAUUGUCGCCCCGAGUGCUCAAUAAAUGCGGAAUGUCCGAGCAAUCAGGCAUGCAUGAACGAGAAGUGUCGAGACCCUUGUCCUGGUUCGUGUGGCAUCAAUGCCAGAUGUAAUGUGAUCAACCAUACUCCCAUUUGCACUUGUGAGGAAGGAUACACUGGAGAUCCUUUUACAAGCUGUCGACCCAUGCCACCGCCACCGCCUGAGCCCGUCAAUGACGAUCCGUGCAAUCCUUCGCCCUGUGGGGCAAAUGCACAAUGCCAGAACGGUAUUUGCACAUGUUUGCCAGAGUACCAAGGCGAUCCGUACCGAGGCUGCCGGCCAGAGUGUGUUUUGAACUCGGACUGCGCUCGGGAUAGGGCCUGUAUUCGUAGCAAAUGUGUAGAUCCUUGUCCGGGCACGUGCGGUCAAGAUGCACUCUGCGAAGUGAUCAAUCACAUUCCAAUGUGCCGAUGUCCGGAUGGAAUGGCAGGAAACGCUUUCGUGCAGUGUCGACCACAACAAGCUCCGGCUGUUACCAAUCCUUGUAGUCCAUCGCCUUGCGGUCCUAAUAGCCAGUGUCGCGAGAUCAACGGACAAGCUGUAUGUUCCUGUGUCCCAGGAUACAUUGGAAGCCCUCCGACGUGUCGGCCAGAGUGCGUUGUGAGCGCUGAGUGCCCUCAGAAUCAAGCGUGUACCAACCAAAAAUGUAGGGAUCCUUGUCCUGGAACAUGUGGAGUAGGAGCCAGGUGCUCGGUUGUGAAUCAUAAUCCAAUUUGCAGCUGCCCGGAACGAUACACGGGCGAUCCGUUCGUACGCUGUCAGCCAAUGAUCGAGCCUCCUGUACAAAUGACCCCAAGCAACCCUUGCCAACCAUCUCCUUGCGGACCAAAUGCACAGUGCCGUGCAGUAGGCGAUUCGCCAUCUUGUACAUGUAUAGAGGACAUGAUCGGUGCUCCACCCAAUUGCCGUCCGGAAUGUAUCAGCAACUCUGAUUGCUCAAACAACUUGGCCUGCAUACGACAAAAGUGCCAAGAUCCUUGUCCGGGCGCCUGUGGGGCCAACGCGGAAUGUAGGGUUGUCAGCCAUACGCCGAUGUGCAUUUGUGCCGUUGGAUAUACUGGCGAUCCUUUCACACAGUGCGUACCUUUCCAACAAGAUACUCCCAAAGAUCAAACGACACCUUGCCUGCCCAACCCAUGUGGAGCCAACGCUCUAUGCAGGGAACAAAACGGUGCUGGAUCAUGCACAUGUAUCGAGGAUCACUUUGGAAACCCCUACGAAGGAUGUCGUCCAGAAUGUGUGCUCAACUCGGACUGCCCAUCAAACAGGGCUUGUGUGAGGAAUAAAUGUCAAGAUCCUUGUCCAGGCACUUGCGGUCAGAAUGCUGACUGCCAGGUCGUGAAUCACCUGCCCUCGUGUACCUGUUUCCCUGGUUACGAAGGAGAUCCUUUCAGAUAUUGUAACAUCCAACAGAGAGAACCGGUACAAGAGUACGUCAAUCCUUGCCAACCAAGUCCCUGUGGUCCCAACAGCCAAUGUCGAGAGGUUAAUGGACAGGCAGUCUGCUCGUGUCUACCCACUUAUGUCGGCUCUCCUCCGGGAUGUCGCCCAGAGUGUGUGGUCAGCUCAGAAUGUGCCUUGGAUAAGGCAUGUGUCAAUCAGAAAUGCGUUGACCCGUGCCCUGGAACAUGUGGAACCAAUGCUCGAUGCAACGUCAAUAAUCACAGUCCCAUUUGCUCAUGUCAAUCUGGAUUCACAGGCGAUCCGUUCACGAGAUGCUAUCCCAUUCCACCUCCAGUACAAGACACACCAAUCGUUGUAAGGAACCCAUGCGUUCCCUCUCCGUGCGGUCCAAACUCACAGUGCCGUGAUGCAAACGGCUCUCCUUCAUGUUCGUGCCUGAUCAACUACAUUGGAUCUCCGCCGAAUUGUCGCCCCGAGUGCUCAAUAAAUGCGGAAUGUCCGAGCAAUCAGGCAUGCAUGAACGAGAAGUGUCGAGACCCUUGUCCUGGUUCGUGUGGCAUCAAUGCCAGAUGUAAUGUGAUCAACCAUACUCCCAUUUGCACUUGUGAGGAAGGAUACACUGGAGAUCCUUUCACAAGCUGUCGACCCAUGCCACCGCCACCGCCUGAGCCCGUCAAUGACGAUCCGUGCAAUCCUUCGCCCUGUGGGGCAAAUGCACAAUGCCAGAACGGUAUUUGCACAUGUUUGCCAGAAUACCAAGGCGAUCCGUACCGAGGCUGCCGGCCAGAGUGUGUUUUGAACUCGGACUGCGCUCGGGAUAGGGCCUGUAUUCGUAGCAAAUGUGUAGAUCCUUGUCCGGGCACGUGCGGUCAAGAUGCACUCUGCGAAGUGAUCAAUCACAUUCCAAUGUGCCGAUGUCCGGAUGGAAUGGCAGGAAACGCUUUCGUGCAGUGUCGACCACAACAAGCUCCGGCUGUUACCAAUCCUUGUAGUCCAUCGCCUUGCGGUCCUAAUAGCCAGUGUCGCGAGAUCAACGGACAAGCUGUAUGUUCCUGUGUCCCAGGAUACAUUGGAAGCCCUCCGACGUGUCGGCCAGAGUGCGUUGUGAGCGCUGAGUGCCCUCAGAAUCAAGCGUGUACCAACCAAAAAUGUAGGGAUCCUUGUCCUGGAACAUGUGGAGUAGGAGCCAGGUGCUCGGUUGUGAAUCAUAAUCCAAUUUGCAGCUGCCCGGAACGAUACACGGGCGAUCCGUUCGUACGCUGUCAGCCAAUGAUCGAGCCUCCUGUACAAAUGACCCCAAGCAACCCUUGCCAACCAUCUCCUUGCGGACCAAAUGCACAGUGCCGUGCAGUAGGCGAUUCGCCAUCUUGUACAUGUAUAGAGGGCAUGAUCGGUGCUCCACCCAAUUGCCGUCCGGAAUGUAUCAGCAACUCUGAUUGCUCAAACAACUUGGCCUGCAUACGACAAAAGUGCCAAGAUCCUUGUCCGGGCGCCUGUGGGGCCAACGCGGAAUGUAGGGUUGUCAGCCAUACGCCGAUGUGCAUUUGUGCCGUUGGAUAUACUGGCGAUCCUUUCACACAGUGCGUACCUUUCCAACAAGAUACUCCCAAAGAUCAAACGACACCUUGCCUGCCCAACCCAUGUGGAGCCAACGCUCUAUGCAGGGAACAAAACGGUGCUGGAUCAUGCACAUGUAUCGAGGAUCACUUUGGAAACCCCUACGAAGGAUGUCGUCCAGAAUGUGUGCUCAACUCGGACUGCCCAUCAAACAGGGCUUGUGUGAGGAAUAAAUGUCAAGAUCCUUGUCCAGGCACUUGCGGUCAGAAUGCUGACUGCCAGGUCGUGAAUCACCUGCCCUCGUGUACCUGUUUCCCUGGUUACGAAGGAGAUCCUUUCAGAUAUUGUAACAUCCAACAGAGAGAACCGGUACAAGAGUACGUCAAUCCUUGCCAACCAAGUCCCUGUGGUCCCAACAGCCAAUGUCGAGAGGUUAAUGGACAGGCAGUCUGCUCGUGUCUACCCACUUAUGUCGGCUCUCCUCCGGGAUGUCGCCCAGAGUGUGUGGUCAGCUCAGAAUGUGCCUUGGAUAAGGCAUGUGUCAAUCAGAAAUGCGUUGACCCGUGUCCUGGAACAUGUGGAACCAAUGCUCGAUGCAACGUCAAUAAUCACAGUCCCAUUUGCUCAUGUCAAUCUGGAUUCACAGGCGAUCCGUUCACGAGAUGCUAUCCCAUUCCACCUCCAGUACAAGACACACCAAUCGUUGUUAGGAACCCAUGUGUUCCCUCGCCGUGCGGUCCAAACUCACAGUGCCGUGAUGUUAACGGCUCUCCUUCAUGUUCGUGCUUGAUCAACUACAUUGGAUCUCCGCCGAAUUGUCGCCCCGAGUGCUCAAUAAAUGCGGAAUGUCCGAGCAAUCAGGCAUGCAUGAACGAGAAGUGUCGAGACCCUUGUCCUGGUUCGUGUGGCAUCAAUGCCAGAUGUAAUGUGAUCAACCAUACUCCCAUUUGCACUUGUGAGGAAGGAUACACUGGAGAUCCUUUUACAAGCUGUCGACCCAUGCCACCGCCACCGCCUGAGCCCGUCAAUGACGAUCCGUGCAAUCCUUCGCCCUGUGGGGCAAAUGCACAAUGCCAGAACGGUAUUUGCACAUGUUUGCCAGAGUACCAAGGCGAUCCGUACCGAGGCUGCCGGCCAGAGUGUGUUUUGAACUCGGACUGCGCUCGGGAUAGGGCCUGUAUUCGUAGCAAAUGUGUAGAUCCUUGUCCGGGCACGUGCGGUCAAGAUGCACUCUGCGAAGUGAUCAAUCACAUUCCAAUGUGCCGAUGUCCGGAUGGAAUGGCAGGAAACGCUUUCGUGCAGUGUCGACCACAACAAGCUCCGGCUGUUACCAAUCCUUGUAGUCCAUCGCCUUGCGGUCCUAAUAGCCAGUGUCGCGAGAUCAACGGACAAGCUGUAUGUUCCUGUGUCCCAGGAUACAUUGGAAGCCCUCCGACGUGUCGGCCAGAGUGCGUUGUGAGCGCUGAGUGCCCUCAGAAUCAAGCGUGUACCAACCAAAAAUGUAGGGAUCCUUGUCCUGGAACAUGUGGAGUAGGAGCCAGGUGCUCGGUUGUGAAUCAUAAUCCAAUUUGCAGCUGCCCGGAACAAUACACGGGCGAUCCGUUCGUACGCUGUCAGCCAAUGAUCGAGCCUCCUGUACAAAUGACCCCAAGCAACCCUUGCCAACCAUCUCCUUGCGGACCAAAUGCACAGUGCCGUGCAGUAGGCGAUUCGCCAUCUUGUACAUGUAUAGAGGGCAUGAUCGGUACUCCACCCAAUUGCCGUCCGGAAUGUAUCAGCAACUCUGAUUGCUCAAACAACUUGGCCUGCAUACGACAAAAGUGCCAAGAUCCUUGUCCGGGCGCCUGUGGGGCCAACGCGGAAUGUAGGGUUGUCAGCCAUACGCCGAUGUGCAUUUGUGCCGUUGGAUAUACUGGCGAUCCUUUCACACAGUGCGUACCUUUCCAACAAGAUACUCCCAAAGAUCAAACGACACCUUGCCUGCCCAACCCAUGUGGAGCCAACGCUCUAUGCAGGGAACAAAACGGUGCUGGAUCAUGCACAUGUAUCGAGGAUCACUUUGGAAACCCCUACGAAGGAUGUCGUCCAGAAUGUGUGCUCAACUCGGACUGCCCAUCAAACAGGGCUUGUGUGAGGAAUAAAUGUCAAGAUCCUUGUCCAGGCACUUGCGGUCAGAAUGCUGACUGCCAGGUCGUGAAUCACCUGCCCUCGUGUACCUGUUUCCCUGGUUACGAAGGAGAUCCUUUCAGAUAUUGUAACAUCCAACAGAGAGAACCGGUACAAGAGUACGUCAAUCCUUGCCAACCAAGUCCCUGUGGUCCCAACAGCCAAUGUCGAGAGGUUAAUGGACAGGCAGUCUGCUCGUGUCUACCCACUUAUGUCGGCUCUCCUCCGGGAUGUCGCCCAGAGUGUGUGGUCAGCUCAGAAUGUGCCUUGGAUAAGGCAUGUGUCAAUCAGAAAUGCGUUGACCCGUGCCCUGGAACAUGUGGAACCAAUGCUCGAUGCAACGUCAAUAAUCACAGUCCCAUUUGCUCAUGUCAAUCUGGAUUCACAGGCGAUCCGUUCACGAGAUGCUAUCCCAUUCCACCUCCAGUACAAGACACACCAAUCGUUGUUAGGAACCCAUGUGUUCCCUCGCCGUGCGGUCCAAACUCACAAUGCCGUGAUGUUAACGGCUCUCCUUCAUGUUCGUGCUUGAUCAACUACAUUGGAUCUCCGCCGAAUUGUCGCCCCGAGUGCUCAAUAAAUGCGGAAUGUCCGAGCAAUCAGGCAUGCAUGAACGAGAAGUGUCGAGACCCUUGUCCUGGUUCGUGUGGCAUCAAUGCCAGAUGUAAUGUGAUCAACCAUACUCCCAUUUGCACUUGUGAGGAAGGAUACACUGGAGAUCCUUUUACAAGCUGUCGACCCAUGCCACCGCCACCGCCUGAGCCCGUCAAUGACGAUCCGUGCAAUCCUUCGCCCUGUGGGGCAAAUGCACAAUGCCAGAACGGUAUUUGCACAUGUUUGCCAGAGUACCAAGGCGAUCCGUACCGAGGCUGCCGGCCAGAGUGUGUUUUGAACUCGGACUGCGCUCGGGAUAGGGCCUGUAUUCGUAGCAAAUGUGUAGAUCCUUGUCCGGGCACGUGCGGGCAAGAUGCACUCUGCGAAGUGAUCAAUCACAUUCCGAUGUGCCGAUGUCCGGAUGGAAUGGCAGGAAACGCUUUCGUGCAGUGUCGACCACAACAAGCUCCGGCUGUUACCAAUCCUUGUAGUCCAUCGCCUUGCGGUCCGAAUAGCCAGUGUCGCGAGAUCAACGGACAAGCUGUAUGUUCCUGUGUCCCAGGAUACAUUGGAAGCCCUCCGACGUGUCGGCCAGAGUGCGUUGUGAGCGCUGAGUGCCCUCAGAAUCAAGCGUGUACCAAUCAAAAAUGUAGGGAUCCUUGUCCUGGAACAUGUGGAGUAGGAGCCAGGUGCUCGGUUGUGAAUCAUAAUCCAAUUUGCAGCUGCCCGGAACGAUACACGGGCGAUCCGUUCGUACGCUGUCAGCCAAUGAUCGAGCCUCCUGUACAAAUGACCCCAAGCAACCCUUGCCAACCAUCUCCUUGCGGACCAAAUGCACAGUGCCGUGCAGUAGGCGAUUCGCCAUCUUGUACAUGUAUAGAGGGCAUGAUCGGUGCUCCACCCAAUUGCCGUCCGGAAUGUAUCAGCAACUCUGAUUGCUCAAACAACUUGGCCUGCAUACGACAAAAGUGCCAAGAUCCUUGUCCGGGCGCCUGUGGGGCCAACGCGGAAUGUAGGGUUGUCAGCCAUACGCCGAUGUGCAUUUGUGCCGUUGGAUAUACUGGCGAUCCUUUCACACAGUGCGUACCUUUCCAACAAGAUACUCCCAAAGAUCAAACGACACCUUGCCUGCCCAACCCAUGUGGAGCCAACGCUCUAUGCAGGGAACAAAACGGUGCUGGAUCAUGCACAUGUAUCGAGGAUCACUUUGGAAACCCCUACGAAGGAUGUCGUCCAGAAUGUGUGCUCAACUCGGACUGCCCAUCAAACAGGGCUUGUGUGAGGAAUAAAUGUCAAGAUCCUUGUCCAGGCACUUGCGGUCAGAAUGCUGACUGCCAGGUCGUGAAUCACCUGCCCUCGUGUACCUGUUUCCCUGGUUACGAAGGAGAUCCUUUCAGAUAUUGUAACAUCCAACAGAGAGAACCGGUACAAGAGUACGUCAAUCCUUGCCAACCAAGUCCCUGUGGUCCCAACAGCCAAUGUCGAGAGGUUAAUGGACAGGCAGUCUGCUCGUGUCUACCCACUUAUGUCGGAUCUCCUCCGGGAUGUCGCCCAGAGUGUGUGGUCAGCUCAGAAUGUGCCUUGGAUAAGGCAUGUGUCAAUCAGAAAUGCGUUGACCCGUGCCCUGGAACAUGUGGAACCAAUGCUCGAUGCAACGUCAAUAAUCACAGUCCCAUUUGCUCAUGUCAAUCUGGAUUCACAGGCGAUCCGUUCACGAGAUGCUAUCCCAUUCCACCUCCAGUACAAGACACACCAAUCGUUGUUAGGAACCCAUGUGUUCCCUCGCCGUGCGGUCCAAACUCACAGUGCCGUGAUGUUAACGGCUCUCCUUCAUGUUCGUGCUUGAUCAACUACAUUGGAUCUCCGCCGAAUUGUCGCCCCGAGUGCUCAAUAAAUGCGGAAUGUCCGAGCAAUCAGGCAUGCAUGAACGAGAAGUGUCGAGACCCUUGUCCUGGUUCGUGUGGCAUCAAUGCCAGAUGUAAUGUGAUCAACCAUACUCCCAUUUGCACUUGUGAGGAAGGAUACACUGGAGAUCCUUUUACAAGCUGUCGACCCAUGCCACCGCCACCGCCUGAGCCCGUCAAUGACGAUCCGUGCAAUCCUUCGCCCUGUGGGGCAAAUGCACAAUGCCAGAACGGUAUUUGCACAUGUUUGCCAGAGUACCAAGGCGAUCCGUACCGAGGCUGCCGGCCAGAGUGUGUUUUGAACUCGGACUGCGCUCGGGAUAGGGCCUGUAUUCGUAGCAAAUGUGUAGAUCCUUGUCCGGGCACGUGCGGUCAAGAUGCACUCUGCGAAGUGAUCAAUCACAUUCCGAUGUGCCGAUGUCCGGAUGGAAUGGCAGGAAACGCUUUCGUGCAGUGUCGACCACAACAAGCUCCGGCUGUUACCAAUCCUUGUAGUCCAUCGCCUUGCGGUCCGAAUAGCCAGUGUCGCGAGAUCAACGGACAAGCUGUAUGUUCCUGUGUCCCAGGAUACAUUGGAAGCCCUCCGACGUGUCGGCCAGAGUGCGUUGUGAGCGCUGAGUGCCCUCAGAAUCAAGCGUGUACCAACCAAAAAUGUAGGGAUCCUUGUCCUGGAACAUGUGGAGUAGGAGCCAGGUGCUCGGUUGUGAAUCAUAAUCCAAUUUGCAGCUGCCCGGAACGAUACACGGGCGAUCCGUUCGUACGCUGUCAGCCAAUGAUCGAGCCUCCUGUACAAAUGACCCCAAGCAACCCUUGCCAACCAUCUCCUUGCGGACCAAAUGCACAGUGCCGUGCAGUAGGCGAUUCGCCAUCUUGUACAUGUAUAGAGGGCAUGAUCGGUGCUCCACCCAAUUGCCGUCCGGAAUGUAUCAGCAACUCUGAUUGCUCAAACAACUUGGCCUGCAUACGACAAAAGUGCCAAGAUCCUUGUCCGGGCGCCUGUGGGGCCAACGCGGAAUGUAGGGUUGUCAGCCAUACGCCGAUGUGCAUUUGUGCCGUUGGAUAUACUGGCGAUCCUUUCACACAGUGCGUACCUUUCCAACAAGAUACUCCCAAAGAUCAAACGACGCCUUGCCUGCCCAACCCAUGUGGAGCCAACGCUCUAUGCAGGGAACAAAACGGUGCUGGAUCAUGCACAUGUAUCGAGGAUCACUUUGGAAACCCCUACGAAGGAUGUCGUCCAGAAUGUGUGCUCAACUCGGACUGCCCAUCAAACAGGGCUUGUGUGAGGAAUAAAUGUCAAGAUCCUUGUCCAGGCACUUGCGGUCAGAAUGCUGACUGCCAGGUCGUGAAUCACCUGCCCUCGUGUACCUGUUUCCCUGGUUACGAAGGAGAUCCUUUCAGAUAUUGUAACAUCCAACAGAGAGAACCGGUACAAGAGUACGUCAAUCCUUGCCAACCAAGUCCCUGUGGUCCCAACAGCCAAUGUCGAGAGGUUAAUGGACAGGCAGUCUGCUCGUGUCUUCCCACUUAUGUCGGCUCUCCUCCGGGAUGUCGCCCAGAGUGUGUGGUCAGCUCAGAAUGUGCCUUGGAUAAGGCAUGUGUCAAUCAGAAAUGCGUUGACCCGUGCCCUGGAACAUGUGGAACCAAUGCUAGAUGCAACGUCAAUAAUCACAGUCCCAUUUGCUCAUGUCAAUCUGGAUUCACAGGCGAUCCGUUCACGAGAUGCUAUCCCAUUCCACCUCCAGUACAAGACACACCAAUCGUUGUAAGGAACCCAUGUGUUCCCUCGCCGUGCGGUCCAAACUCACAGUGCCGUGAUGUUAACGGCUCUCCUUCAUGUUCGUGCUUGAUCAACUACAUUGGAUCUCCACCGAAUUGUCGCCCCGAGUGCUCAAUAAAUGCGGAAUGUCCGAGCAAUCAGGCAUGCAUGAACGAGAAGUGUCGAGACCCUUGUCCUGGUUCGUGUGGCAUCAAUGCCAGAUGUAAUGUGAUCAACCAUACUCCCAUUUGCACUUGUGAGGAAGGAUACACUGGAGAUCCUUUUACAAGCUGUCGACCCAUGCCACCGCCACCGCCUGAGCCCGUCAAUGACGAUCCGUGCAAUCCUUCGCCCUGUGGGGCAAAUGCACAAUGCCAGAACGGUAUUUGCACAUGUUUGCCAGAGUACCAAGGCGAUCCGUACCGAGGCUGCCGGCCAGAGUGUGUUUUGAACUCGGACUGCGCUCGGGAUAGAGCCUGUAUUCGUAGCAAAUGUGUAGAUCCUUGUCCGGGCACGUGCGGGCAAGAUGCACUCUGCGAAGUGAUCAAUCACAUUCCGAUGUGCCGAUGUCCGGAUGGAAUGGCAGGAAACGCUUUCGUGCAGUGUCGACCACAACAAGCUCCGGUUGUUACCAAUCCUUGUAGUCCAUCGCCUUGCGGUCCUAAUAGCCAGUGUCGCGAGAUCAACGGACAAGCUGUAUGUUCCUGUGUCUCAGGGUACAUUGGAAGCCCUCCGAUGUGUCGGCCGGAAUGCUCAGGAAAUUCUGAUUGCAUGCUUUCACAAGCGUGCAUUAAUUUCAAGUGUGCCGAUCCUUGCCCUGGCAGCUGUGGAUACUCGGCACGCUGUACAACAGUCAACCACAAUCCAAUUUGCACCUGCCCUCCCAAGAUGACUGGUGAUCCAUUCUCUAGAUGCUAUGAAAUUGCGGAAAAGUCCCCACCACUUAAUACUGCUGCCGAUCCAUGCCAACCAUCUCCUUGUGGUCCAAACUCACUUUGUGCUGAUAGAAAUGGUGUUCCGUCAUGUAGUUGUCUUCCCGAAAUGUUGGGUUCACCACCAAAUUGCCAACCAGAGUGCAACAGCAAUUCAGACUGUUCUCGUGUGCAGGCAUGCACAAGACAAAAAUGUGUCGAUCCUUGUCUGAACGCAUGCGGAACAGAUGCCAAAUGUCACGUUUCAUUGCAUGUAGCCAACUGUUUCUGUCCUGAAGGUUACGAAGGGGAUCCGUUCCGCGCAUGUACCAUAAAAAUAACUACACCCCCGCCACUGGCUGAACCAAGAGACCCUUGCUACCCAUCACCAUGCGGUAUCAAUGCAAGGUGUCGACCUGCGAAUGGCGGCAAGGCAAUAUGCGAAUGUAUUGAGAAUUACUUCGGAAACCCCUACGAAACGUGUCGUCCAGAGUGCGUUAGCAAUGGCGAUUGUCAAAAGUCGUUAGCUUGCAUUAACAACCGCUGCAAGGACCCGUGUCCUGGGGUUUGUGGAAGAAAUGCGGAUUGCUCCGUGGUUAAUCACACGCCCGUCUGCUCAUGUCCAGAGGGCAUGAGGGGCAACGCCUUUGAACAAUGUCUGCGUGAACAAGCUCCUCCACCACCUUCUGAUCCUUGCUAUCCAUCGCCUUGCGGACAAAAUACCGUAUGUCGCGUGUUAAACGGUAAUGCUGUGUGCGAAUGUUUGCCCGAAUUCAAGGGAAGUCCAUUCGGACGAGGCUGUUACCCGGAGUGUGUAAUCAAUAGCGACUGUCCGAGGGAUAGAACGUGUGUCAACAAGAAAUGCGUAGAUCCUUGCCCAGGUGUGUGCGGUUACAGAGCAGAGUGCCACGCCAUCAACAACAGUCCGGUAUGCUCGUGUCCGAGAAACAUGAUCGGUGAUCCGUUUGUUGAGUGCAAAGUUGCUCCGCCGAAAGAUCCGUGCAAUCCGACGCCUUGUCGAACCAAUGGCAUAUGUCGCGUGAUUGGUGAUCGCGCGGAAUGCCAAUAUCCGGAGUGUAUUAUCAACUCGGACUGUUCGACAAAUCGAGCAUGUUACAAUCAAAGAUGUCAGGACCCUUGUGUCGGUGCUUGCGGCAUCAAUGCUCUGUGCAGUGUGAUCAAUCAUGCUCCCGUGUGUUCGUGCCCAGCACGUCACGCCGGUUCACCUUUCGUUCAGUGCAUGCCACAGCGUGACGAGCCGAUCCAGCCGCAACCAGAGUGUACAACCGACAAUCAGUGCACAAACGAUAAGGCAUGUAUUAAUGAGCAGUGCCAGAAUCCAUGUACGAUAGGUACGGGACUUUGCACGCAGAAUGCUGAAUGCCGCGUACAGUUCCAUCGAGCCAUCUGCGCCUGCCGAGAAGGGUAUACGGGUAACGCACAGUUAGCUUGCUGCGAGAUCGGCUGUCGCAGCGAUAGCGACUGUCCAGCGACUGAGGCUUGCGUCAACAAGAACUGUAUCGAUCCAUGUCGACAUACGCAGUGCGGUCGGAAUGCAUAUUGCAAAUCGGAUUACAACCAUAACGCACGCUGUCACUGUACUGAAGGAUAUCGAGGAAAUCCUUUGAUCGGUUGUACCCGUCCAGAAUGCACUAGCAAUGACGAAUGCCCGUAUCAUCAAUCGUGCCAAAAUGAGCAAUGCCGCGACCCGUGCAACUGCGCACCAAACGCACAAUGCAGGGUGGAUAAUCAUCAGGCCAACUGCCGAUGCCCGCCAGGCUACACGGGAGAUCCACUAUUUUCUUGCGAAAAAAUUCCUGUGCGCGAUCCGCCACAAUGUACGAUGGAUGCAGAUUGUUCAAGCAAACUUGCUUGCUUCGAAGGUGUUUGCAAAAAUCCGUGCGCAGAAACGAAACCUUGCGCAGAGCACGCGAUAUGCACGGUGCAGGACACAUUACCACUUCGAACAAUGUACUGCGUGUGCGAGGAAGGAUAUGCUGGUGAUGCUGAAAGACAGUGCUUGCCAGUAUCGAAAGAGGAACCGGGAUGCUACAGCGAUGUUGAGUGUGCACCAACCGAAUCUUGCCGAGGGCGGGUUUGUGUGGACGUCUGUAGCAACUACAAUCCUUGCGCACCAACUGCGGAAUGCUUGGCUCAAAGUCAUAAAGCCAUCUGCUCCUGCCCCAUCGGGACGGUGGGUGAUCCGUUCCAGAACUGCUAUAAGCCACCAGUUGUGUCACCUGAGUGUGUCGUCGAUGCCGACUGCGCGUCCACCAUGGCCUGCGUCAACGAACGAUGCCAAGAUCCGUGCGCAGGAAGCAAUCCAUGUGGAGGGAACGCAGAAUGUCGUGCUAUCUAUCACCGGCCACACUGUACGUGUCCCAUCGGCUGGGGUGGAGAUCCAAAAACACAAUGCUAUAAGCCGGAAUGUAAGAUCGAUGCAGAAUGUCCAUUCGACAAGGCAUGCUUCAAUGAGAAGUGCAUCAGCCCGUGUACGUACGGUGCAACACAGUGCGGACGGGGUGCAAAUUGCGUGGCGCAAAGCCACCGCGCCGUGUGUAUCUGCCCACCGGGAACGCAAGGAAACCCGUUCGUGUCGUGCGUCACUGGAAUGUGUCAAUACAACGAAGACUGUGCAGAGCACGAGGCGUGCGAUAGACUAAAUCGCGUCUGCCGACCUGUGUGUGAAGAUGAAACGUGCGCCCGUACGGCUACCUGCGUGGCAAAGAAUCAUCAAGCGAGCUGCGAGUGUGCUCCGGGCAUGCGUGGAAAUCCGUACGUCGAGUGUAUGCGCGAUGAACCGGAACCGGAAUGUCGCAUGGACAGUGAGUGUCGUUCGCAGCAAGCCUGCAUACGCAACCGGUGUGUCAAUCCCUGUACGGAGUUGACACCUUGCACGAACCAGCAGAUUUGCAAUGUGAUCGACACCCUGCCACUGCGCACAAUCAUCUGUGCCUGCCAGACGGACAUGUUGAUGGAUCGAUCCGGAAGUUGUAAACCGAUCGUGAUCGACGAGUGCCGUUUGGACACUGACUGUGCGGAUACUGAACGUUGCCAGCGGGGGCAAUGCAUCACAGCAUGCAAAGCGGAUCCGUGCGGCAUAAACGCACAGUGCACGUCUGCCAGUCAUCGUGCACAGUGUACCUGUUCUCCAGGAUACUUUGGAAACGCUCACAUCGAAUGUCUACCGGAACCACGAGUAACAUCGCCGAAGGAAUGUGUCGCGGAUGACGACUGUUCCGAUGAUCGUUCGUGCUUCAAUGAUCGGUGCAUUAAUCCUUGUGUUAGUGACGCUUGUGGGCGUGGUGCACUGUGCCGCGCCAACAACCAUAAAGCGGUGUGCAACUGUCCGGCCGGAUAUACGAUGGACGGCAACGGAAACUGUGUACCACCUGCCGGAGAUCUUCCACGGUGUCGAUCGAAUUCGGAUUGCACGCAAAGUGAAACGUGCGUGAAUGAGAUCUGCGCCAAUCCUUGCAACUGUGGCCAGAACGCGGAUUGUUUCGUGAAAGACCACUACCCGGUAUGUAGCUGUCGUCCAGGUUAUUCCGGAAACGCACAAACUGGUUGCUUCAAGCUUGAGUGCCAGGGUGACAACGAUUGCACCAACGACAAACAGUGCACGAACGGAGCUUGCGUUGAUCCAUGUUUGUAUCAAAAUCCAUGCGCCCUUAACGCGGAAUGUUAUGGCGAUCGACAUCGUGCCGCAUGCCGUUGUUUACCGGGACUGGAAGGCAAUCCUUUCGAGCGUUGCCGUCGCGUUGAAUGUCACUAUAAUGCCGAAUGUGCGCAAACGCUCGCAUGUCAACAAGAGCAGUGCGUGGAUCCGUGUACCAACUCACCGUGUGCUCAGAAUGCACAGUGCUUCGUAAUCAACCAUCAGGCGCAGUGCAAGUGUCCUGAGCAAAUGCCCGAAGGUAAUCCAUACUCUUUCUGUCGUCCACGAGCAGUGGAACGCGAAGAGUGCCGUGUUGACGGAGACUGUCCCAGUCUUCUGGCUUGCAUUGGAAAUCGUUGUCUGAAUCCCUGUGAUGAGUUGAAGCCUUGUGCCGCGUCAGCCCUGUGUACUGUACAGGACUCCGUGCCAGUACGAACGAUGGUAUGCGAAUGUCCGCCUAUGCACGUACCGGAUACAUCUGGGGAAUGCAAGCGCAUCGUACUGCAAACGCCAGUAGGUGUUUGCACGACUGAUUCUGAGUGUCCCGAGCAGGAGGCAUGCAUCAACCGUCAAUGCCGCGACCCAUGCAGUUGUGGAACAAAUGCCGUCUGUUCGAUCAAAAACCACCGAGCGGUGUGUUCGUGUGAGGAUGGUUACGAGGGCAACCCUAACGUCGCUUGCCGUGCCAUUGGUUGCCGCGUAGAUUCGGAAUGUGAGACAAGCAAGGCGUGCGUCAACGGAAACUGCGUGAACCCUUGUCUCGACCACAAUCCAUGCGGCAUUGGAGCAGAAUGCUUCGGCCGCGCGAAUCGUGCCGAAUGCCGCUGUUUGAGCGGUUACCGGGGCAAUCCAAUGGUGCAAUGUAAUGUGGUUGAGUGUCGUAGUAACAACGAUUGUCCAGAUGAUAAGCAGUGUCGAAACUCACAAUGUGUCAAUCCAUGCAUCUACGAGAACUCAUGCUCACCGCGGGCGGAAUGUCGGGCACAGAAUCAUUUGGUCGUCUGCCGGUGUCCGGUUGGACUGGUGGGCAACCCUUACGUGGAUUGUCGACCAGAAAUAGUUCCAGAGUGCCAAUAUGACACCGAAUGUCCAUCGCAUCUUGCAUGUAUCGACAACAAAUGUACGGAGCCUUGCAGUGCACUGACACCAUGUAAUCAGCCAGCGCGUUGUGAAGUGGUACCUUCAUCGCCUGUCCGCACAAUGCUGUGUACCUGUCCAGACGGAUACGUUAGCAGCGGUAGCGGAACGUGCAAACCGGUAGUGAAGGCAGGCUGCAUAUCCGAUUCGGAUUGUUCAAGUGAUACAGCUUGCAUCAACAGCAUUUGUCGGGAUCCGUGCAACUGUGGACCAAAUGCGGAAUGCCGCGUUAAAGACCACAAACCGGUGUGUUCAUGCGCACAGGGUUACGACGGCGAUCCGGAGACACAAUGUAUCAAAAUCGAAUGCCGAUCGGAUAGUGACUGUUCGGGACAACACAUGUGUUACAAUCGCCAGUGCGUACCGGCAUGUUCGAUGGAGAGCUGUGGUACCCAGGCCGAGUGUAUUGGAGUGAAUCACCGUGCCGUGUGCGAAUGUGUGCCAGGUUACGAGGGCAACCCGAAGGUGGCUUGCAAGCUGAUCGGAUGUCGACGCGAUACAGACUGCCCACUCGACAAGGCAUGCAUCAACAGCAAGUGUCAGGAUCCGUGCGAACUUCAAGCAGUGUGCGCUCAGAACGAGCAGUGUCAGGUGUACCAACAUCGGCCCGAGUGUGCUUGCCCUCCACCGUUCGAAACCGACCCGUUGCAAGGCUGUGUGCUCCGCGACGAUCGCUGCAUGACGGACGGUGAAUGUCCGUCGCAAACUGCCUGCAUACAGGGCGAAUGCGUUAACCCAUGCAACGUUACAGAACCUUGUGGGGUGAACUCAAACUGUAAGGUACUGGACACGUUGCCGGUGCGCACUAUGAUAUGCGAAUGUCUGCCUGGAUAUCAAGGCAAUGCUGCUAUACAGUGCGAUAAAAUGGCGUUAUGUCCAACAGAUCGUGGAUUCGUGCGUAACUCCAACGGAGAAUGUGUGUGCCCACCAGGAUACGGUCUCUCAUUGUACGACGAUUGUCAGCCAUGUCGAGAAGAGGAUGGUCUCAAGGUGGACGAAACAGGCCGUUGCGUGUGCGCACUUGAACGGGGUCUGAUCAUCGAUGAGCGAGGUCGCUGUAUUUGCCCAAUCGAGUACGGCUAUCGCUUAACUAGCCGUGGCGAGUGUGUUCGCAGCGAAAAGCCAGAAUGUGAACGGGAUGAACACUGUGCAGAUUGGCGAUACUGUAAUCUGGAAUCGAAAACAUGCGAUGAUCCAUGUCAGAGGAAAGUGUGUGGCACCAAUGCACUGUGCAACGCAACAAACCAUCAAGCCGUAUGUCAGUGCAUUACGGGAUACACUGGAAACCCAGAGGAACACUGCAAUCAAACAACAAACUUCCGAACGGAUUUCCCGCAACCAGAAAUGGAAGUAACGUGUCAGGCUGACGGUGUGCAGGUCGUUAUCGAUCUGGCUGAAUCGAAUUUCAACGGUGUGCUGUACGUGAAGGGCCACAGCAAGGACGAGGAGUGCCGCCGAGUUGUGAACUUGGCCGGUGAUUCGUCGUCGGUUCGUACACAAAUUUUCAAGGUGCACUUCGGUAGCUGCGGUUUGAUUCACGUCAAUGGCAUCGCGAGCUUUGUGCUGGUUAUCCAGAAGCAUCCGAAGCUCGUGACGUAUAAGGCACAGGCGUACCACAUCAAGUGUGUAUAUCAAACGGGCGAGCAGAACGUCACGCUUGGCUUCAACGUACAAAUGUUGACGACGGCCGGCACGAUCGCAAACACCGGUCCGCCGCCUACCUGUGCCAUGCGCAUUGUAGCGUUUAACGGAGAGGAAAUCAAUUCGGCCGAAAUCGGUGACAAUCUACGAUUGCAAGUGGAAGUGCAACCAGCAACAAUCUAUGGCGGAUUUGCACGCAGCUGUGUUGCUAAAACCAUGGAGGAAAGCGUGGAGAACGAAUAUAUCGUCACGGAUGAGGACGGCUGUGCCACCGACCCGUCCAUCUUCGGCGAUUGGGAGUACAAUGCGGAAACGAACAGCCUGCUGGCGAGCUUUAAUGCAUUCAAAUUCCCAUCGAGCGACAAUAUCCGCUUCCAGUGCAACAUUCGCGUCUGCUUCGGCAAAUGCCAACCGGUCAAUUGCCACGGAGCAAAUGCGUACGGUAAGCGACGUCGGCGUCGUGAGACACUGGGUAUCGAUAUGAUGCGCACUAUCGAGGUGGUGUACAACCGCACUCGGCGUGCUGCUGACGAUACAGCAUUGGCCACGGACGAUUCGCUUGGCAUCGAAGGAACACUACGGGAAGAGAUUACGAUCCAAUCGAAUGCAAUUUUGACGCUUGAAAAACGCGAGGAACGUUCGUUCGACUCAAACAACAUCACACCGGCGGCACAGCGUGUGGAGGACAUUUGUGUGUCGAUGAUCGGGCUGAUAUUGGCGUUGGUCAUUACUGCUCUGUUGGCCUUGGUAGCCGUUGCAGUAGCCGUAUCUUGCUGGCUGAUGGCUUACCGCCGCAGACCAACAAUAACAGGACCAUUGCCGCACCCGCCCGAAUUUCCCAAUCCACUAUUUGCGCACCACGAACCAUCGGAACCGUCGCAUCAUGAUUUCAUGGGAUAGUAGUAUGAAUUGCGCAUCAGCGUAAAACGAAAUCUACGAACAACUACAAAAAAAAACAACAAAAACGAGAAAUUACUAAUCGAAACGAAAAAAAAACCAAGAACAUGUAAAGAUAUACUUUAAAGAAAAGAAUACGACUGCACAUCGAUCACUAAUCCGAGAUUAGGUGUAGUUGUUAACACUCAGUAAACGAAACAGUAAUUGUAAAAGAAGAGUCUAGAAGAGUUUCCUUCCGGCUGACGCUUUCUCACGCAGCUAACGUUAGGAGAAGCAACAGUAGGGGAUGAAUCUGUAAAUAGCAUAAAACUCUGUCACAAAAUGAAGCUACAAAACAAAGGAACGAUAGUUGCUCAAAGAGCGCCAGGAUGCUCUCUUGCAGUAGUAGAACGAUCUAAACGAUCCUCGGCAAGAUCAGCUCGAGAAAGUCGUAAAGCAUCUUCUCGGACAAAUUAAAAGAAAACAUCGAACCAGUGUCCUUUCCUUAGGUUCAUUUAGUUAGCUUAGUUACAAAUUCUUAUUAGCAUUGUAAACAUCGGAAUGCGAAAGAUCAGGGCAGUAGAUGCAGCUAGCGGAAAACAGUAUCGAAUGUUGCCGAAACAGCCAACCAAACUACAAACGAACGCAUGCAACCCCAUGGUCGGUCGCAUUCCAGCGCAUCCAUACCAUCUCCUCCGUCGAUCGUUACUAGUCCUUUAUUUAUUAAUGUUGAUAACAAGGUUAAAACGUCACGCGGGCAAUCGAUUGCCUGCACAAUCUGAUGAGGUUUAGGGUAGCUUCUACACUCUCUGCGUCAUGCAGAGCUGCUGGGGCCACCCGCCAGGGACAGGCGGCAGAUGCCGCAUGUAAGUUUGAAAGCGUCCCCAUGCGCAAACUUGUCACGUCGUAUGUGUGGCACACUUCCGUUUUAACUGUAAUUUAUUGAUAUUUUAAAGUAUGCUUUUGAUAUAUACUGAACGAAUGAACGACGAUCGGCGGAGGAUUUGACGACGGAGUGUUAGGAAAGUAUGAAGUAAUAAUUUGUUUUUUUUUUGUCGAUAAUUUUGAAUUUGAACCACGUUUUCUAGCACAUGAAAUGUAGUGUUGUAAUAUAGCUUGUUUGCCUACGGGCGUUACUGGAGGCGCAUUGGAGCGUUCAAGAGAAAGCGGCAUACUGCUGCGGAAAGUGAUGAUAUCUUUUGAUAUAGAUACAAAAGCACAAAAAAAACUCUCAGCUUAACAACACUCACUACCUUAUACUGCCAUAGACGGGUUGUCCCGUGGAUGUGGGAACUUAGUCUUACACAGUUUGUAUGUCGGACUGCCCUCCAAAGCUUUCAAGAAAUCUGCAACCCAAGCAAGGAGCAGCGACCUUAUGCAUGGGUAACAAAUUUUCUAGGGAAUUGCUAACUUGGCGACUGACUGCAAACUGGUCAAGAGGCGUAGUUCCACUCUGCCAGGGUUAUCACUUUAAACAAAAUUUACUGCCAAAUUACACGUAUUGACUUUUCGAACACCAGGUCUGAAUAGUUUGGUGUAAGCAAGUGUUCAGAUUCGCCACAAUGCGCUGAUGCACUUAGUCACAUUUUCGAAGCAGAAUUCCACAUGCAAUGAUCUGCUUGCUUCCAAAUGCCGUGCUUAACAGUAAUCGUGACCCUUAAGUAGUUGUAUAAAUAUAAUCAGGUUCUCUCAGAAGACUGCCACCAAAACCAAUCAGCACUAACCGUACUCUGCGCUCCAUGCUCUGUACAGCAGGAUAAAUACUCGCACAGCGUACUUCCUGUUUUCAAUCUAUUUGUAAUGUUCUUUGUUUCUAUCGAUGCAGCCGUCUAGGAAACAUUCAACGCACUCCUACGAAUACGAAUAAUUAAAACGAAACGAUUCUAAACUAAUAGAAAAAAGAGAAAAACGCGAUAAUAAACAAUAAUACUAAUCAAA